CUCUAUCUCCAGUUUCUUACAAGUUUCACUGAACCCAAGAUACUAAAGGCAAAAGCAAAAAUGGGUUUAUACUAAUCUGGCAAUUGUUUCGCAGAAUACUAACUGUAAGGAGAGUCAAAUUAAACAUUCUUGUGAUGCUAAGAGCCCUUCUCAUCAACCUGAAAUUCUACACAAAGAACAGGGCACUGUUGAGAUCUGUCCGUUUAAUUUCUUUAUUUGUGAAUUGCACAGACAACCAAAUGUAGUUAGACAUACAUUCCAGGUUAAUUUUAAACAAUUCUGAUAUAUGAUCAACCUAAACAAUGUUUCAAAACGAACGAGGACCCUCGUUUUCUAAGUGGGCAUGAGAUUUGAUUGAUUAUAUCACAGUCCUAAACGCAUUGGUUGGUUUCGACAGAAAGUUUCUUCUGUUGCGGUUGGGAGGGAGGUGUUAAUUCUAUAUUACCGCAGGCAUCGUCUGUCAAUUCAUGCAUUUCAACCACACUGAAACCCCGAGCCGUCAUGUUUUUCACAGAAAUCUACGGAUUCCGAUCAAAAUCGGGAUACUAAACAAUAGCGCGUAUCAUAGUUUAAGUAGGGUGCAAUCUGCACAAGCCUAAAAGUUUUUGGUUUUUUUAAAAAAAUCUUUUACUCCAGAGCAAGUUCCACCGGGACGUGCUGCUACUUAGAUACACAUAGGAUGAGGUUUGCUCCGUCGUCAUAAUUUGCUGUUUUACCGAACUCUAUUUAUUGUAUAAACUAAUGUACACUCAAGUCUUCUUCAAAAUUUAGAUGCACGCCCCUGUGCUUUUCAACAUAUUUUACGUUUCGUAAACGUAAUCUAAUCAAACUAACAAAAGCCUGAUUUAAUCCAAACUGAACAGCCCCUCCCUUGACUUCUGCCGGGGGGAAAUCCUCCAAAAGAUUAGGUUAACUUCACACCUUUGAGGAAAUUUAUCUCAACAUUAACUGACGCUGAAGUAAUUAUAUACUGGCAACAGCCAGCCGCCAGGAUGCAUUUGGUUUGUGAUAUUUACGUAGUUGACAGUGUGCAUGGCCCUUUGAUUCAGUUUUUUUGGGGGCUUUCCGCGCGGUUUCUGGAAAAUAAGAGUACUGUAUCCCUUUUCUGCACCACUUUACUGUUUACCACCGCGGCGUGACGCCGAAAAAGAAUAUUCUCACGGCAGGUUAUGUUAGAUGCAACAGAGUGAGCUCGGAGGAAGGCGGGGAAGGUGUUUUUUACUAUCCUGUCCUAAACAUCCCUACACGUGGUCAGCCCAACUGAACUGCUGCGAGAUUCGUUUAAAAACUUCAGUCUCAGCAAACCGGACAGGUCUCCAAACCAGAUACCCAAUUUUUUUAAGUCACUCACUCCCUUGUCCGAAACAGAGGCAUAAACAUAGCCUCUGGCAAUUGUGGGCUUGGUGGGUGGGGAUGCCGUUUCCAGAAAAGAUAAGAGGACAUUCCAUCCCCUGCAAAAAAAAAAAAAUUAAAAGAUAAAGCAACUAUUCUUGCAGCCGAUCUGCUAUUUGCAGCCGACACAAAGACAAAGCCUUGGGAUGUUUGAUGCCCGCCGUUACCUGCAGAGCCACUCUGAGCAGGGCAUGUCCCCCCCAAAAGCCUCGUAUCGCUAAAUGGGCCUAGAACUGGGAACUCCCUGUGUCCCCUUUAAAACAAAACAGAGUGUGGAGGCCUCUUUAUCUACACACUUUGAAGAAAUCCAGCCCUUAAACUUCUUACUCUGGAUUAGUUCCAUUGAGAUCAAUAGCCCUAAUCCAGUCUGACUCUCAGCACAUGAAGAGGGACCGCUGCCUACAGUCGCUAGCGCCGGGCAGACAGCUGCCGUUACUGCGCACGCGCCAGAAACCGUAUUAGUAUUUCCAAUAGGCAAAGCAACAGAAAACUACAGUUUUACGUAAGACUCGGAUCAAGCCAGAAGGGUGACAAAAAAAAAAAAAACCCACACAAAGGCGCAUGCGUCUCCGCUGCCUGACUCUAGGCCAAAAGGAGGCAGUCUGCGCUCUCGCGCUUGCGCAGUUAGGCUGCUCUUGUUUCUGGGUGGGGAAAAUUACGCCUGCGCAUGGUAGGCGCCUGCCCUUAGGGAGGGGGGUCAGCGAGAGAAGGAUAUGCCGCGCAGGCGCAGUAUGGCGGCCUUGUAUGUGUGUAUGUGAGAGUCUGACGGGUUCAAAAUGGCGGCGGCUGCUUCUAUGUGAGGGGAAGAGUCUGGGGGUUGUGGGGAGGGAUCGGGUGGCGGUGUCGGACGGGCGCCGGUGGCUUGGGGGGCCCAGCUGCGCGGUGCUGGGUCGCAGCUCCUUGGCCCCAAGAGGCGGCGCGGCGGUGCUUGCUGGCCCAGCGCCUUGAGAGGCUGCGGUCGCGUCCCAGGGGGGUGUUAGGGCUUGGGCUCGGGUUCGAGUUCGGGGAAUGCGCGAGGAGCUUCGCGUGGGGCCGGCGUUACUGAGCCCGGGUGGAGCGGGGGGCUGGGCUGGGCUGGGUGGGGGCAUCUGAGGUGAGCCGAGUGGGCUGAGCUGAGGGGUGUGUGGAUGCCCUAGAAAGGCAAGUUGUGGGACUGGGAAGGCUGGACAUGUAGGUGAGACUGGUCUGGAUUUGGGGCACAGGGGUCCACGACCUGCAGCCCAAGAACAGCGACUGAGAGCUGAUUUGUUUCAUGACUGGAUGGAGGUGGGGGAGACUUUCUGUAAGGGCAGGAGCUGGAGAGAGAGUUGCUUUCCCUCCUGAGGAGUUAUGGCUCUGGGUUCCCAACUUGGAGGGUAGGGUGAAGAGAGACUGUAGUUCUCAGGGCAACCCCUCCCGCCCAAGGCUGGCCUCGCUGAGAGGAGCUGAGGAACUGAGCGCCCUCCAGAGCCUACCUGAUGACGCCCCCUUUCCCCCAACAGUGGGAUCGGGGUCCCUUCUUUCUGAGGGGCUUAUAGCCCAUUUUGGAUGCUAACGUUCUCCAGCCUUCAGGGUCGAAGAGUAAUGCACUUGGGAAUUAAUUGACUUUCCGGCUUCUCUUUUCUCCUGCCCUAGGAAGGGGCAAAGGAAAACCAGAGACCUGGUAAGAUAUAGCGAUAUUUCUAUUAUUUUGUUUUGCAAACAGUCCUAUACAGUAUCUCGUUCUUUCCCUCUUGCCCUGUGCGAGCCAGGGUGCCUCAUUGCGUUUAUGUCACUACAAACAAUGAGUGAUAUUCUAGUGCUUAAAAUGCAGACAAGAGUUUCUGCUUGCUCUGAUUUGUGUCUCUCUUCUGCUGGAAUGGAGUUGAACUGGCAUGUGGGGUGCCGAUCCUCUGCGUUUUACUGACUUUGGGACUUUUGAGGCUGUUUGGAAAGAGUGAGGCACACACAAGGCUGAUUUGGAAUAGGAGGUGGCAAGUAGGAGCUUCUGAGUUUCACUUACCCCACCCAAAACCCUCCUGCUACUGUAUACAGGAAGCCCGCAACUUACGCGCAUUUAACUUGUGCACAUUCAGCUUUAUGCGUGUGGCAAAAAUAUUAAAUAAAAAUUAAAAGGGGGCCGGGUUCCAGGAAAUUGACUUUGGCAGUCCCACAUGUCAUUGAACUCAGUGUGUUUUGACUAUACUGUACAUGAUUUUGGCUUUAGGCAUAAUUCCCAGAAUGUAACCCCUCGUAAGUUGCAGGCUUACUGUACUUGAAAAUGUAAACAGAGACCAUUUAGGCAAUUUUGUAUUGGCUUGAAAUCAAGUUAUGUUGUGGUCUGUAUCUUAUACUACUUGCUUAGCCCAUGCAAAUGUUAAGUGGGUGCUGAAAUGACUGUUUUCUGGUGAUUGACUGCAGACCCAGUCUUGUAAAGCGUCUACCACUAAAACAGUACCACCAUAACUUAUAUACACCAUUUUGGGGUAUGCUCAGGAUCCAUAUCAUUUCUUUUAUUUGCUUGAUGCAUAAAGUACCUUUACACAGGCUUCUCUAGAAUUAAAUGUUCCAUUCACUAACUUCUCCUUAACUGAGCAAUAAAAUAGUUGUGACACACAUGUCCUGACUGAGAUACAGUGGUAGUAAAGGUGUGAAUGGACUACAGCAUAUAUGAUGGCUUGCUGUCAUAUAUUGUGCCUACACUAGCCAAUUAAAACAUUAUGCUGUUGAACUGCUGUAGUUGGUGUCUGACUGCAUUUGGUCAGACUAGAUCUAGGUUAUGCCAUAAUCAGUAGCAGAAUUCUGCCUCUAUAAUGGUGGGUAACUCUUACAGUAUUCAAAUGAACAAUGGAUUGUGUACUUUUGUCUUCUCCGCAUAGAGCCAAACUGCAGUUUCAACAAAUGCUGAGAGGGGUCCUUGGUUGUGGGAUGCAGUAAUAUAGUAAACUGAGCCCUCUGUAUUGAUUCCAUUGUGUUUAAUCAUGGUAUCUCUAUUGUUUUGAAACAUUUCCUGGGAAAAUUCCUAUAGGUAUUUGCUGACCAAACUGAGCAUGUUUGUUCUUUUACUGACUUUCCAAUUCAUUUAAAAAGCAGACACCACAUAGAAUACUCUGUCGCCACCUAGCAUGUAUAUUUACUUGGGUACUUGACAAAACUAUGAAAGUAUUGCUUGAUGUUAAAGUGUGGAUACUAUGAGACUGAUUCCAUUGUGGAAUAUCCAUAUCACCACUUGGGAUUUUUGUUUUAUUUGAAUUGACCCUAGUUUUAAAAAAUGGCCGUGGCUUAAUCAGGUCCUAAAAAUUUAGUCAUCCUGUUACUUCAUAGUCAUUGUUAAUUUUCCAUUCUUGAUUCAUGACAUUUCAUAUUGUUGAUAAAACCAAGGCAAUAAAGAGUUAAAGUGGAAUUUCUAAUCUGUUCUACUUCCUUAUUCUGGUAUCUUUAGGAGGAAGAAGAGGAAGACAGCAGUUCUGAUAUCUCAUUCUCGCUCUCAUCAGAAGAGUCUGAGAUGGAACCUGAAGAAGAGCGGGUCCGUUAUAGCAAAAGGCUGGUCAGUAUAUACUCUUAUUCAUAGUGUUUCUAUCCAUAACUUUUUAUAUCCGCUCUAACUAAAAGAAACAAACAAACAAAAAUGUAAAUAAUUGUCCAGUAAUGUUAAUAGGCUCAAUUUCAAAGUUUGUGAUUUAGUAGCCACUUCAAGCUAGUCAUAAAUUUUAAAAUUGUGCUUCCAGAAGAGGAGUGUAGUACGUCUACUAAAAGUUUCCUACAGUUGAAUACAGCAAAGGCUGAGGUGAUGAUGGUUAGCAAAGCUGGAGGUGACUGAGCAAGAAUGUGGACACACAUAUUUGGCCUCCAUUGUGCUUUCAGUUUUGCAGUUUUGGAUUAUCACAGGUGUGCUAUCUUGAAUUUAACACUGUGUCCAGAAGCUCAGGUUGUGGUGGUGUUAAAGUGCUUUAAUUGACUACAUCUGAUGUGAAAGCUUGGGUAUUUAGUCCAAUUUGGACCUGAUGAGUUGUUCAUGUUUGUACCCUUAAGGCUAAUUCACCAUAAUGUAUUUUGUGGAGCUUACCUUGAGGAUGAGUCAGAAGCUUCUCAAAUGGUAUACUGUGCUGCAGCUCAUUUCCUGAGAAGAGUAGGUUUUAUAGAGCAUAGUAUACCUAAUGCUUCAGUGCUUGUUACUGCAGAAUCUAUUAGUGUCCAACAUACCAUAUGAGGGGUUUUGUGGGAUCAGUUUCAGUUGUGAGAGCCUGAUGAUAUGGACAAAGUGUUUGAAGCAGUGCAUCCAAACAGGGCUGGUUACUGAAGUGCAGACAGUCACCUGAUCAGCAGGAGUUCAAAGCAGGGCCCUUCACAAGGCCCUUGCAAAGAGCUCUGUGUUGUGCUUUGAAGUACUGAGGAUCAGCUGACCAGCAGUGCUCCAGAAGCAAUUGUGAAGGAUUACUGGCAGGUGGACAUCCUCACGCACCUGUCAGAUUUGGACUGUGGGGGUGAAGGUAAGGAUCUGGCCUGUCAGCUGGAUCCAGUCCCCUGGAGUAAUGCAUAGUUAUGUGAUAUGGUGCUGCCCGGCUGCUUGAAGGUGGUGGUCGUGGUGUGGUCUUUCCUGAAAAAUCUUGCCUUGGAUCCAAUGGUAUGUGGCAACUUGGGCCUAAUUGCAAAAUACCCUAUUUCAGAGGAAGGUGCUUGCUUGAGAGGGUAGUAGUGGUUUAAAUACAGGUGUAUCUGUGUGAAAUAUAUUAUAUUUAGCCUUACCAGUCUGGGUUCCAACCUGGCUUAGGGACUGAGUUGGCCUUAAUUGCACUGAUGGGUGACCUUUAUGAGGUGAGGGAAAGUAGGGUUGCAACCCAGUUAAUCUUUCUUGAUCUCAGCAGCUUUUGAUAUUAAGCUUAGUAUCUUUCUGGAUCAGCUCUAUGGUUUGGGGGUUGGAGGUGUUGUUCAGCAUAUCUGCCCAGCUUGAUUGCAGAGUAGUACUGGAUGACUGUGUUUGCCCCCUAGCAGUUAUUCUCUUGGAUACCACUGUGCAGUACUUUGUCCUCAAUGCUAUUUAACAUCUAAGUAAAGCCAUUGGGAUUUAGAGCACAAUGUCUUCAGUAUUAUUAUAUUUAUUAUUAUUAUUAUUAUUAUCAUCAUCAUCAUCAUCAUCAUUAAUUAUUAAGUUUAUAUACUACCCUUUAUCAAAAGGUCCCAGGGCAGUGUACAACAUUACAAACCUAUUUUAUGGAGCAUAAGAUUGAAAACAUAAAACAAAGCAUAGUUAUAGGCAGCAUAAUAUAAUAAUAAUAAUAAUAAUAAUAAUAAUAACAACAACAACAACAACAACAACAACAACAACAACAACAACAACAACAACAACCCCUCUGUUCCCACAACUUUAACAGGCCAUAGAUUAUUUAAUGGCCUAAGGUCUUGGUAAAGACAAAUGUUUUAGGCUGGCACCUAAAGACAUGUAGUGAUAACACCAGGUGAGCAUUCCAUAGAUGGGGAGCCACCACAGAAAAGGUCAGUUCUUAUGUUGUCAUCCUCCAAACCUCUCGUGGAGAGGGGCAUAGAGAAGGGCCUCUGAUGACAAAUGCAGAGUCCAGAUCAAUUCGUAUGGGGAAAGGUGGUCCUUAAGAUACAUUCAAUGACUGAUUUAGGCAUGUCCAAAUGAUGCGUGAUUGUACACAGAACCUCGAAGUAGCCCCCACAUGUCAUAAAAAUGACACCAAAAGGGGCAGGGUGGAACAGAUUUACACAUGUUCCGGUGUAUGCGGGGGUCUGGAAUGGUAACCCCCAUGCAAAAUGAGGAUUGCCUGUAUUGCAGUCUUGAGCUGUGUAAGGCUCAUGACAAUUGACUCUCCUUCUCUCUUACAUCUGAAUCUGGUGGCAAGUUCUGAGCUGAUAUCUAAAUGCAGUUGUGUGCUGAAUGGAUGCCAGUAGACCUUGACUGAAUCCUGACAAGGUUAUGGAUGUUUCCCUCCCUUUGAAGAUUUGUAGUCUUUGUCACAAGAAUCCUCAUUGGCUAAGAGUACAUUCUACCAGCUUUGGUAGGCUAGAUAAGGACGUCCCUGUUAGGGGUUAUAGGUUCACAUUGGUCCAUGCAUGCAUUGGUAAUCUUGGUUAUUGGUUAUUGUAAUGCACUCUAUGCAGGGUUGCACCAUACCAAAUUCUACAUAAUCUGUUACUUCAAGAACAUGGGAUGACCGUCCCCAUGCAGUAUAAAUAGGAAGGAAGAAGUGUAAAUGGAGAAUAAUUGAAUUGGAAGUACUUGGGUGCUUGGCUGAAACCAACGCAUCAUAGCUAUUAUUGAAAUUACAGAACUGGAAUUUGACCUAAUUACUUCUGAGAGAUAUUCAAAGACACUCUUAGUUUACUGAUGUGUAACGUAUUUAAGUCUGUCUUGGUUGUUUAAGCUUACAAAUGUAAUCGGGCAUUUUGUUUCUUGGCAUCUUUCAUUGUUUGUGUAUAGGCAAAUUAUAUUACCUUCAACACCCAUAUUUGUGAUUAUGAUAUGUGUGUGGUGGUGCUCAGUCUUUAUAUGUGCUCAGUCUUUAUGGGUUUGUAAAGCUUGGUUUGUGUAGGCUGGAGGAGUGGAAUUAAGAGAUGGAAGUUGUACAAUUGUACAAGUUAUGGGAGAUGGGUUCAUAUUAGGAAAGAAGAAAUGAGAAUAAGAUCUGGUAGCAAACAUUUCCUUUUUUAAAAAAGAGUGGGCGGGAUGGCUGUACAGCAAUUUUGAAACAUUCUAACUUCAGGGAAUCCUUUUUAUAUUGGUUUGUCUGCUGAGGUGUCCUUUAGCAAUGCCACAAAGCAUAUGCAUGGCAAAGGACUCAUGAAUAUGUUUAGUGCACUCUGAAUAUGUUUAGUGUGCUCAGCUUAGUUCACUUGAUAUACUGGUUUCUCCUGUUAGCCCUAGUGGUCAAACCACACCAAUUGUAUUGUGGAAUGAAUUUGACAUCGCUGCAUAAACCUGCACCAUGGCAUUAAAGAAGUACAUUGAUAGUACUGAGCAAGCUUUUCUUUUGGUGAGUGUUGUCCUUUGGUAAUCUAGUUGUCCUUUAGUAAGAAUCCUUAGCAUGUAUCUAGGAACUACAAAAUUUCAUAGCAUUGCAUUUGAAAACCAUUCAAAAAAGUAUUGUGGUAAAAUAAGAAAAAGGAAAUUAAGUUGCCCUGAACCUCCAGGAUAGGCUAGAGAAAGCAAAUUAAAAUAUAUUGAUCGUAUCUGUCAAAAUACUUGUAUCUGUAGACGAUUGAUGGGAUUAGAUUUUAUACUUGUUGUUGACGAGUUUUCCAUAUAACUUUCAAGAAGGGUUUAUUUCAGCAUUCAGUUGUGCCAGAAACUAAAAACUGUCUUCCACAAAUACCAAGUGGAGCUAUCCUUUUGUGUGUGCGUUAGGAAUAUUGUUAAGUGGUUAGCCAGCAGAGAUAAAAUUGUUGUAAUGGAUAUAGUCGAACUAUUGUAAAGUUGAGGUUCAUUUGUUGAGGUCUUUGUAACUGUAGCUAGCUGAUGGUUUCAAAUAUGUAGAUAAAUUUUGAGUUUCUGCAAAAUUGGACUCUCAUUUUUAAUACUUACCUGCUUUCAAAUAGAAAAGUAUGUACCUAGUUAGCUACAUACAAUAAUGUUGUGCCCAGCUCUUCAGAUAAUGCAGUGGUCCCUCGUAUUACGUACCGCCCCCCUUACGAAUGCUGCGGGUUACGCGCUCCUCUAACCUGGAUGCCCCUUGUUGUGACCUUUGCCCCGGGAUGUGAGCAGAAGUCGCGCUCCGGCUGCGCUGCAGCAGCGGGAGGCGCCAUUAAAGAAAGCGCGCCUCAUGUUACGAGCAGUCAAAGUGGCCAAUAAGGCUCUUGCUUGCUGGACCAAAAAGGUUCCCCUCCCCUACUUCAAACUCUCUGAACUGCUACCAAAAAUAUUCUCAUGAAUCUUUGGGACUGCAAAAGUAUAACAUUAUAUAUGUGCUUUUUAUUGGACCAACAUGGCUGGCUGGCUAUGUUUCACCUGAAAAAGGGUAAUUACAACUUUCAAACUGGCCAGUUUGACUGGAAUUGUAGACUAAGAAAUAAAAUUGUGCAAGUAAAAGAAAGAAAGAUAAAGAAUGUAUUUAAUUUUUCCAACAAUAUAUGCAUAAGAGAUAUAAGUGAAGUUACUAGAAUGCAGUAAUAAUGGACACAGCCAUAUAAAGUGAUGUCUGAACUUCAGCUUCAUGUGACCAGCAAUAAUACUGAAGGCCAGGCGCAUUUCAAUCCACAAGGGGUCUUUCUUAAUGGUCAAUAAAUGUACAAAUUUCAGUGUUGUCACCAGAAAGAAAUCAUAUGGCUGAUUUAUAUAAACAGCUGACCUACCUCAUCCUUAGAAUUUUUAUACAAUUAAGUCGCAAGCUGUAUAGCAGGGAUGUCUAACUGGUUGGCCACCGGGUAGCUUUGGGUUGACCAUGGGCGAUUUUUUUCCUUAUCCCCCAAAAGUAAACCCAACAUUUUUGACUUGCCCCUCUAAAAAAGGUUAAUACCUUUUACUUUCCUCCCUUAAAAAGCUCAACAAUUUUGACUUUCCUCCCCCCAAAAACCUCAACGACUUUGACCUGAACCCCCCAAAAAGGGGUAGAUCACUGCCAGUUUUUUAUUUUGUGAGUAGAUCGCAGUCUCUUGGGAGUUGGACAUCCCUGCUGUAUCUUCUUCUUCUUCUUUGACAAUCACUCAUAGAGUAAGAUUGUCUUCCAUAAACACAGUUUGAACAAUGAGUUCAUAAGUGACUGUGGAGGCUGAUUCUGGAUCCACACAUCCUUCCACAGUGGGGACAUUGGUUUCCGGGCGGGAGUUGAUCACGAUGUGGAUUUGCCAAGCAUGCCUUCCUCUUAGCAAGUGUCUCUCUUGUGUCCUGAGUUCGAGUGUCUUCAAAGCCCAUGACGCCUUUGGUAAAGGCUGUUCUCCAACUGGAGCGCUCGCAGGCCAGUGUUUCCCAUUUGUCAGUGUUUAUGCUACAUUUUUUAAGAUUUGUCUUGAGACAGUCUUUAAACCUCUUAUGUAGACUACCAGCAUUACACUUUCCAUUUUUAAGUUCGGAAUAGAGUACAGUAGUUGCUUUGGAAGACUGUCAUCAGGCAUCCGCACAACAUGACCACUCCCAACGAAGUUGAUGUUGAAGAAUCAUUGCUUCAACACUGGUGAUCUUUGCUUCCUCCAGUACACUGAUAUUAGUUCGCCUGUCUUCCCAAGUGAUGUGUAAAAAUUUUUGGAGACACUGUUGAUGGAAUCUUUCGAGGAGUUGGAGAUGGUGUUUAUAAGUGGUCCAUGUUUCACAAGCAUAUAGGAAGGUUAGUAGUACAAUAGCUUUGUAAACAAGCAUUUUGGUUUCCCUGUGAAUGUCCUGGUCCUCAAACACUCUGCACCUCAAUCGGGAGAAAGCCGCACUCGCAGAGCUCAGGCAAUGCUGGGUUUCAGCAUCAAUGUUGGCCCUUGUGGAAAGAUAAUUGCCUAGGUAGGAGAAGUGAUCAACAUUUUCCAACGUUACACCAUUGAGUUGGAUUUGUGGUGCUGCAGAGGGGUUAUGUUGUACUUGUUGGUGCAGCACUUUGGUUUUUUGGAUGUUGAGUGAUAGGCCAAGCUUUUCAUAAGCAUCUGCAAAGAUAUUUAGGAUGGUUUGGAGGUCAUCCUCUGAGCGUGCGCACACUAUGUUGUCAUCAGCAUACUGAAGCUCUAUGACGGACCCCGCUGUAUAGUUUAAUGUGGAAGGUGGUAUAUUUCUAGUGCUCAAUCAUAUAUAUUUCUGGGGCUUUCAACAGGAUCUCUACUUGGCAAAUGUCAGCCAUCUAGUCCAUCUGGCAAUUCACUCCGCCCGCCCCGCCCCCUUAAAAAAAACCAUACCCAAUUUUGUGCCUAAUUUACACUUUUGAGGUUUGGUUUUCUAUUUUCUUUUCUUUGGAUCUUCUUUACUGGAAAUGUAUGCAUUAAUCACGUUACAAUACUAAUUUUCUGAAACAGUGCUGUUUAGAAAUAGAAAAUUUUGCACUCAACAUCACUGAGACAUGCCACACACACACACACACACACAUUGCAGUUGUCAGAGUUCUGAGCUUACUAAGAUGAGAAAUAGUGAAUACAUGUUUGGAAUAAUAGGCAGACAUCUUGAAGAAUUGGUUUUGAGACCCAACUGCCAGUCAAAUUUAAAAGUACUGCGCUAAAUAGAGCUAUGGCCUUUCCAUUAUACACAAUAGAUUUUUGUGUGGAAUAGAAGAAGCAGGAGACUGCAUUGUCUUGUAUUUCUUUUACAUUUCUACUUGAUAACUGAAUUGGAAAUUCUCUUUCACCGGUGAAGUGAAUGUAUUCAUUUUUAGUUACUGAUACAGUCUCUUAUUAAUCAUUGGUGGACCUUGCAGAGCUUCCUAGGUCAGAAGUACUGGUCUUACAUGUCUUUAACUUUGAUCAUAGGCAUUUCCAUCUGAAAGAUUCAGCUGCCCUGAUUGAGGACCCCACCCUUUUUUUUCUUCUGUUGGUGUAAAUGUAGCUAAUUUAGUUUGCAUUCACAUAUUGAUGUCCUUCAAAAUUUUCGGGAAAACCCUAAUCACUGCUGUUAAAAGAAAGACGUGUCUUUAGAUUUUAGAAUAAAAAACUACUAAUGCAUGAUAUUUUCUGUUCAGUAACACAACCAAUGAGCAGAACUCCACUCAUAGGACACUGCUGCUGGAGGAAGAGGAAGUGUGAUUUUUGCUUCACGCUCCGUGAAAAGUUUGGUUGAAGGAACCUCAAAAGAACAGUGUGAGUGGUGGUACAACAAUCUGAAGAGCAAAGGGGGAUUAGUUUAAGUCACCCUCUCUCCUUCAGCAGAAGCCUCUCCUGAAUCUCAGUCUCUUUCACAAAUGGGACACUCUGGAUGCAACCCACUGACUUUCUAUCAGCUGAGGAGUCCUAGCUUUACUUGCCUGAAGCUUUUAGUAUGGAAACAAUAGAACUUUUGUUUUUAAACAAAGAUUAUGUGCUAGCAUCAAAUACAAAAUAUAAGAGAAACCACCUAAAAGUUUCUUUUCCAUAAAGUUUUCUCAAACAGCUGGUCAAAGUGGUGGAGACUUUUCAAGAGUUUCAAGUCCUAAAGACUUCCUUUGCUGUUCUUUCAUUUAAUCGGUGGGUAAACGAUAAUCUGAGAUUAAAUGAGGAGUUGAAUAUUUGCAUUUAUUAAUCAAUUAAAGGCAUAAUCCAAACUGACAGCUGCCUGGAGGGGCUUAAUGAACCAACAUUACCUACCACUGGUGCAUUUGAAUCGCUGUUGCACACACCAGCCAUGGCAGAAGGUGGGAACAAGGCAAAUCAAUGGGCCAGCAUGGAACUGGUGCAGCAGUUGGGCCUGGUGUCAGCAGUGUGGCUGUCUUGGUAGGCUCAUUUUGGAGCUUUCUGCUGGUUGCUGUUGAUGGGGAUCCCAGCAGCAGCAGUUCUGUCUACCUACAAAGCCAGAAACCUCACAUCAUCAAAGUGAUGCUGGCAGCACUUUGCAGGCAAAGGCUGGCAGGUCUCGGCAGAGGGAUACCACCCAAUUCCCUUACCUCCAGUCCAGUGCAAAUGGGAUUUGGAUUGCCCCCUAAAGUUUAUGGCACUAAAAAUAUCUAGUCUUCUUGCUGAAUGUCAUCUUUUAUACUCAGGGUUCAUAAUUAGCAGGGCGCCAGGUGCAUUUUGCACCUAAAGAUUCUCCAUUUGCGAUCAACUCCACAAGUCUGGGUGUCAUUUGUACGAGGCUGGCACUCAAAGAUUACUGAAAUGUAUGUGCUUUGAAGCCUCAACGUAUAUGUUAAGGAUAGACAAUAAAGGAGGUAAGGAGUUUGUUAAGGAGUUUAAUAAUGAAGAGUAGAGUGUGUUGAAAACUGAAGUUUGGUACAAAUAUUUUUAUUGUAAAAACCAAAUUAAACAUGUAUUAACAAUUUCUGCUAAAAUGUGAUAUUAACAAUGUGUCACUUACGUAAACUGCAUAUUAGUUCACCCUUAUCAAAAUAAUGGGUUGGGACGCGGGUGGCUCUGUGAGUAAAACCUCAGCGCCUAGGGCUUGCCGAUCGCAUGGUCGGCGGUUCGAAUCCCCACGGCGGGGUGAGCUCCCGUCUUUCGGUCCCAGCUCCUGCGCACCUAGCAGUUCGAAAGCACUCUUAAGUGCAAGUAGAUAAAUAGGUACUGCUUUACAGCGGGAAGGUAAACGGCGUUUCCGUGUGCUGCGCUGGUGCUGGCUCGCCAGAGCAGCUUCGUCACGCUGGCCACGUGACCCGGAAGUGUCUCCGGACAGUGCUGGCCCCCGGCCUCUUAAGUGAGAUGAGCGCACAACCCUAGAGUCAGACACGACUGGCCCGUACGGGCAGGGGUACCUUUACCUUUACUUUAUCAAAAUAAUAACUAAAAAGGGUUGCUGACACACACACCCAGUGGCAACUAGACAUUCUGUUUUGGCGCCCACAACCCAGGUCAGAUCUAGAAAUCUGGAAACAUAGACGAUUUGAGUGCUUAAUGUGUGUGUUCCUGUUUACUUUUAAUUUGGGGAAAUUUCUCAAAGGACGAAACCAGAUGAAAUCCAAUGCGUCCCCUGCCUUUUGGACCCCCUUGUAAAACUUUCUCAGGUGUGAUGCUGAAAGUAGAUCUUAGUUAAAGGUCUCUUGUUUACAUCCAGUUAUGUUUCUACAGCCACAACAUGCACCCACAUAGCAAAAAAGGAAAUGUUCUCUAUCCAGGGAUUCUUUGAAUCUCUAAGGAAUCUCCAGGAUUCCUUAACAAAAACAAGAUGACUUCGAAAUUCUUGAUUAAAAGCUUGGGCUUAAAGGAUGCAAAAACCAUACUAAUGUAAUGAAAUACGUUUGUGGGCUUUCUGGAAGCAGAACACAAUAGGAAAACUUUACUGAUCUUAUCUUAACCUAAAGAUUUGGGGGAGGAAGGUUCAGUAGAAAAUGGAGUGAACAGAAAAGUGCUGAGGAAUUCUGUUUGAAUCAUCCAAGCAGAGUUCUGAACUCUUCAUGUAUGCUAGGCAGUGUGAUGUGGUGUCUACAACAAAGAUUUGUACUUCCAUAAAUAGGUAAAAAACAUGAUAUUUACCUUGACCAAUGCCAGGACACUGUGCUAGUCUCACUUACAGAGGAUUUCAUACAUUGGUCACUUUGCAAAAUCAAAGUAUGUCUCAUGUCUUAUUUGAAAGCAUUGAACUGUCAUGGGGAAAUGUCAUGGGUUUUGAUUUCCUUUUUAAGAUGGGCCUGUCAAUUCCAUGCUAUUCUGGUGCACUUGAUAGUUUUUGGAAUGAACAAUUUUGUCAGUAGAAGCAUUCAUUUUUUGGGUCAUGCUGUCUGUCUUGAAGCCCUAGACAAUAUUCAAGCUUAGUUAAUUACUGGUGGUUAUUGUAUACUAAACAGGUCUGCUCAAUUAGCCACCUGUUAUUUUAUCUAGGUGUGAAAGCUGGCACCUAAGAUGAUAGUCUGACCCAAGAAUGUGGCAUGAAUCCUAAUUAAACUGUAUCAGACCUAGUCAGGAACAGGUCUUGAAUGCAGAAAUGACAUGCAGGUGUUUUUUAAAGUCAAGACAAGCAAUGGAAAUGAUUGGUAAUCCUUCAGUUAACUUCUCUUAGGAAAACUGCUUCCUUACUAGUGUCUUAAUAUAGGCGUGUAAUUUCUUUUUUUUCUUUUUUUAAAUGAUAUUUAUUAAGGUUUCCCAAAAAAAGGUUACAUAUAUAAAAAAAAGAAAAAUAGAGAAAAGAAAAAAUACAAAAUACAAAAUACAGAAAAAAUAAAAGAGACUUAAAAAACAAAUCAAUCUUUCCAUACCUUACAUUUCAUUUACUUGUUUCCCUGACCUCCUCUCGCCUCCCUUUUUUGUAUUCCAGUUCAGUUGAUUAAUUCAGCAAUUCCUUUCCCUCUUUAUUUUUAUCUUAAUCCUUUAACUUAAUAUAUUAUAGCUUUAGAUUCUCACCUGUUAACAAUCCAUUUUUACAUACACCUUUAUAACAUUGCUACUAAAACCACUUAACUUCAUUCUGACAUCAUUCUAACAUUCAUUAAUUUUGCAGUAUUUCUGUAAAUAGUCUUUAAAUUUCUUCCAAUCUUCUUCCACCGACUCUUCUCCCUGGUCACGGAUUCUGCCUUGUCCAUAAGUGUAGAUACCACUCCGUUCAUAUCUCCCAUCAAAAUCACAUUAUAGUCCAAAUAGUCCAUCAAGGUCUCAUGCAACUUUUUAAAGAAUUCAGAUUUCCCCUCAUUUGGUGCAUAAACUCCUACUAUUAAAAAUUUCUCUCCUUGUAUUUGAAUUUCAAUUGCCACAAAUCUUCCUUGGUCAUCUUUAAAGAUAAAUUUUGGUGAUAGUCUCUCCUUUGCAUAAAUCACUACUCCUCUUUUUUUAACUUUAUCCGAUGAAAUAAACUCCUGGCCCAGUCUUUUGUUGAUCAAUACUUUUCUAUGUAGCCUUGUCACAUGUGUUUCCUGUAGACAAAUCAAGUCCAAUUGUUCCUUUUUUAAUAAAUGAAACACUGUUUUCCUUUUCUGGGGGGAAUUGAGACCAUUACAAUUCCAGCUUAAAAGUUGCAGAGCCAUGAUGUUGUUACUUUACUUUCCUCCAACUGCACCAAGUGCCUGUUCCUGCUCUGUCGGUGGUAUCACCUUCUCUGGGCAGUCUUUUAAUCCAAAAGGUAGUUUUGCUAUGUCUAAUAUUCCUCUUUCUAGUGCUCUUAACUCUUCUCCAGAUUCUUUCUGCAGGUCUUCUCCGUGGUCUUUCAGAAAUCUUUCUUUGUCGUCCACUGAUCUUAUUUUUAUCUUUCUUCCUUUGAAGCUAAAAGAUAGGCCUUGGGGAAAUUCCCACCUAAAGAUGAUUCCAUUACUUCUCAACAGGGCAACCAAAUCUCUAUAAUUGGACCUAAGGUCCAAAAGAUAUUUCGGAAUGUCUUUAAAUAUCUCCACCUUUGACUGAUGUAUUUCCAAAGUCUUCUGGAAGUGCAGACUCAAGAUUUUAUCUCUCUCUUCUUUUGUUCGGAGGGUGAACAAACAGUCUCUCACCCUGUUCUUCUUCCCUCCUCUUCCAAGCCUGAAAGCACUCACUAUCUUAAAAUCUUCCUUCUCCAAAUCUGGGUUCCAAAAGUCUGCAAAUUCUUUCAUAAGAAAGUCAGGCAGAUUGUCUUUCUCAAGUUCAGGUACGGCCCUGAUCCUCAAAUUCGUUUGUUUCUCCUUCAAUUCAAUCAUAGACAAUAUCGACCUGUGGUCUUCAAGUUGCCUGUGUAUCGGUGGUAUCUUCUCUUCUACAGAAACUGCUAUUUCCUUUGCUUCUUCAGCUGUCUUUCGGGUCAGUGUAGAUUCCUGUAGCAGUUUCUCAAUAGUUUCUGUAUUAGUAUUUACCUUCUGUCCCAAAUUGUUGAUACUUGUAGUAUUUUGAUCAAUUUUAAUUGAUGCUUCAGCUACUUGUUUACUUAGUUUUUCCAAAGAUUCAUUAAUUUUGCCUAGUGCCUGAGCUAAAACAUCCUCGGAUGCCAUUCCUUUAGGUUUAGGUUGUGCAAAUGCAGCCCCUGAUAAUGGGACAGAGGGGCCAGAUGUUGAUGCUCUUCGCUGCAGCCCAGCGUCUGGGCAAAAUGAUCUACCAGACCUCGUUUUUUUUUCCUGAGGCAAAUCUAUCUUCUCCUUUCCAUCUGCCAUAACACUCUAGUUAGAGCCCAAGGUCAGUCCCACGACCAGAACUUGUUUUGAAGUGGAAAAUUCCCCCGGCCCAGUUGUUAUUGUAACAAUUUAAACUUCCUCUAGGGGGACGCAGUAGCAGUCAGAAGUUGUUACCUUAAAAUAAAUAACCUUUUUUUUUUUAAUCCCCCGAUUCACAAAAUAGACGACAGUUUCAAUUUCAGUUAUUUUCCAGUUUCUUUAAAACCAGGAGAAGCCAGCCAGAAACAUUGUAUCUCACUUGCAGAGUUAGCUGUCAAAAAGUCCUCUAUUCAGCAACAGCGCGUUUCACAGUGUGGCAUUCUUAUUGUCCAUUGGCAGCCCGUUCCCAGGUUUUAAGCGGUGGAUUUUAGCUUCCUUUUCUCUCUUUUUGCAGGGAAAUACAGUUCACACCUUUCCCCCCUCCUCCCCUGCAGCCAAGGGGGGAAAUCAGUUGUUUUGAUGUUAGAAUGGUAAUCCUGUUCAAACGUCUUACAAGGUUUUAGCUUACAAGUUCAUUGCUUUACUCUAUUUACAAAGAACGGAAGGAAGACUUCCUGUUUAUGCCUCCCCGCUUCGGUAUCAAAUUGCGUCUUUAUUCUCCUUUAUUUCCCAAAUUAACCUACUCACGGGUAGUUGUUUUGUAGCCAAAUUGUCACAGGAAAAAGGUAGCGCUCUCCGGCAACGGCUGUGCGGCUUCACUCCACUGAGAAGCAGUUGACUCUCAGCACCGCGCCGCUUCCCCGCUUCACUCCGGAGCCCGUAAUCGGGCUCCUUUGCAGAUUGGGGGGGCGCAAAAGGUGCCCGCCGAGUCCCAUGGUCACAGGCUUCACCCGCCUGUGAUUUUUUCAAGGGUCCCCGCUUCGCCGUAGCGGAACAGACCCGAUUCCCGCAGAGCUAGUCCCUCCGGAUCAGAGGGAGUCCGCCAUUACCGAUGGCGCCACCCCGGAAGUCCCCAAUAUAGGCGUGUAAUUUCUAGCUUUAGGUUGUGUGUGCCAUAUUACUCUCUAUGUCAAGAGUAAUAUAGGUAUAUAAUAGGGAUGUGUGUGUGUGUGUGUGUGUGUGCGCGCGCGCGAUUAUAUGUUAUUUAUCCUGGUAAUCCUGACAUAGGUUCUGAAGUAACUGAAGCAUGUGUGAGGGGUCAUUUGGGUUAGUAUGUACAACUCUUACAGAUACAGUGGACACUCAGGUUGCGAAUGUAAUCCGUGUGGGAUGCAUGUUUGUAACCCGCAGAGUUCGCAACCCGCAGCAGCACAUCUACACACACGUGGGUUGCGAUUCAGUGCUUCUGCGCAUGUGCAAAGCACGAUUUAGCGCUUCUACUCAUGCGCAACCACGAAACCCAGAAGUAACCCUUUCCGGUACUUCCAGGUUUCGGCGGUCCGUAACCCAAAAAAAAAGGCAACUUGAAGCGUCUGUAACCCGAGGUAUGACUGUAUGUUGUUUCUAAUGCUAUAUAUUGCAGGGGAUUGGACUAGAGGAGCCUUGGGGUCUCUUCCAGCCCUACAGUCCUAGAUUCUAUGUAUACAGAGGUCUAUUUAUGCAACAGGGCUUCCUCUCCUUUCCCUGCAAUGCUCUCAAAAAUUGCUCUGGAGGGUUCUCCUACCCUCUGGAGCAGAUUUUGAGGUUGCACAGGGGGUUGCCUAAGCAAGAUUGUGCAAGCAAAGCCACUUCCGGCCUGCCCAGGAGGUGGGGUUGCGGGCUUCACGCCCACCCCACGUGAGCGGGGGCUGGUUCCAGCCCCCACGAGAGCAGGAGAAUCCCGGCCGGGUCUGGCCCCCCCAGCCAGCCAAUCAGCUGGCUGGGGGGGUGGCCUGCCCUAUUUAGGGCCGGCGCGGAGGGGGCUCGCCCUCUUUUCGCCGGCUCGCCCUCACGUUUUCCCACCCUCCCUCCCUUUAAGUAGGCUUUAGGUAGGUCUUUGACUUUGCUAUGGACUUCGGUCUGUCGCCGCAAGGGGCAUGGUAGGAAUUUUUCCCAAUUGGCAAUUUCUGGCCUUUUGGUUUUUCGCCUACCUCGUAGCAACUCGUCACAACUUCUCGGCAUUGGCGGUAGGCAUUGGUAAGAAGGGGUUAAGAGGAUGUGGGGGGGGGAGGAACGCCAUCACCUCCCCCCAGUGAGCGAAGGGUGGUCCGUUAAAGGACUCCGGGGGGCGUGGCCCUGUCCGAAGCCUAUGGAGGUGUGGGCCAAAGGCACGCCCCAGAGGGGUGACCCGGGGGAGCUCCUAGUCGACGUGCCUCGGCAGGAGACUCCCCCAAUAUAGUGUUAACCCUUCCCCGUGUCUCCAGCAAAUGGGCUGGAGCCGGAUAGUCGUUAGGACCAAUGCCUAAGCCAAUGCCUCUCAUUCCUGAAUUCAAUAAAGUUGUGGCCUAAUUCGCCCAAUUAACCUUAAAUUAUGGUGUCUCGUGUCUUUAUUUAUUCUGGUGGGGGGCGGAAACUCGCCACGCAAGAUUGUGCUAGCAGGACAGCAGCAUCGGAUGUGAACCUGAGGUCUUUUCACUUCAUUCUAUUCUUUAAGAGUACUUUGCUUGUUUGGGUCUCAAGAAGGCAGAAAAGUUGUAAAAGCAUUUUGAUCAUAAGGAAUGUACCCUUCAGUAGAAUGGGGCAAGUCAGUCGAUCUUCUGACUGUCUCACUUUGUGUAUAUACAAAGCACUGUAGAAGGUGAAGCAUUUGAUGGCAUACCAAGAGGUUUGCAGGCAAACAAGUAUAUCCUUUGCCUCAUUUAGUAUGGAGAAUCCAUAAACAGGAUAAACUUGAAAUUAAGCAUGUAGUGUAGUUGUCAGCCUUUCGCGAUGGGCCUCUUGUGCUCUUAAUAGCAGAAAACUGGGAGAUGAAGCUUUGCCCACCUCAUCUCAAUGCCACAAUAAGCUAAGCUGAUGCUGUCAGUGACAGUGUGCGACACAGGAGACAGGCGAUACUGGGACCUGUAGUCUCUUUUUAAAAUUAAACUGUUAAUAUUUCUACAGUUCACAAGUCAGUUUUUAAAUGGCCAUGUCAUUUCCUGCAUAGCUUCUAAGCAGGGGAGUGACUGCUUAUUUGGCUUUGUAACUUGUUUUGUUUUUUGUUUCCACAUUGUUUGCUUUGUUAAAAUUACUGCAUGUAUGUGAAACCAGUAAAUGUCUGACUAUGCAAAACAGAAUAUAACAAUUUGCAAAAGAUCUUUUGCAUCCAAUCUUGUAUUUAGUGGAUUUUUUGGAGCAAUUUUUUUCCUGGCUGAAUAAUAGUCAUUCACCACAGUGACUUGCAGAGACGUGAAGCUGGAUGGGCUGGUCAGUUUUGAGUUGCUAACCUUCCAUUUCCAGCUCUUUCAAAAUAGCCUAGCAAGUUUAUAAUUGAACUGAUGAUGCAACAGAGGAGUUAGUCAGUUUUCCCCUGUAGGAGAAAUUUAGCUCAGCAGUAUACUAGAUAGACAUAGUUAAUUCUGUAAAAAAUAGAAUGAGCUGACCAAUUCUUUUCUGGGCCAGAAUUGCUAAAUACCUCAGUACCUGGUUCAGUCUUAGCAUCUUCAGAUAUGUCUGUGAGAGUGUUUGAAACUCCCAUUGUUCUAGGUGCAUUUUGCGACAGGGAAUCAUUAAUGGUGAACAGUUUCUGAGCUCCGGGUGCAGAAACUGUGCCCAAGAUUUCAGAUUAAAACUGCAGAGUGGAAGGAAAGGAGGACCCUUUUCUGCCUCCUCACUUCUAGCUACUCUCUGAAGACUGGAGAAGAAACCCUCUUAAGAAUAUUAUGGGGGUAGGUAGGGGAAGGACUAGACCAUGUGAAAAAUGAACAUAAUAUUUUAGCUGCAGUUCAUUCAUUUUCAGCUUGUAUUCUUGUUAUAAAAAGGCACGCCUAGACAUUCCAUUGUUGCACCCAUAACCUAGUUUUAAGGUGCCAUUUAGCUCCUAGCUUUCAUAUAUCUGUUUCUAGCACUGGUCUGUGUAGAUUUUCAAACUGGGAUGACUUCCCCAUCCUGUAAGAAAGUGGAGGGGGGCGCUUACAUGUAUCCCACUCAUGUGUGACUGUGCUUACGCAGGCCAUAAAUAAAUAAAUAAAUAAAUAAAUAGAUAGAUAGAUAGAUAGAUAGAUAGACAGACCUGCCCUUGCUUGGGACUACUGCCCGGAAGUCACUUGGGGCUGCCGCCCAAGUGAGGGAAGGCAGCCUUCAAGCGACCAGCAGUGCGGGGCGAGAGAUGCCUUUUCUCCACCUCUGCCGCUCCACCACGUGUCUGCACCCCCGUCUAGACCAUCACAGCUACUUUUGCUUUUUAUGCACAGAAGUAGCUUCACCCUCUUUAUCUCUUGCCAUGUGAAAUUACUAAUCCUGGUUUUAUCUGGAAAACGUCCAAAAACUAUAGUAAAACUUGCAUUUCAAGGUGUAUAUCAUGAGAACCAGUGAGGGGUAAGUAUUAGUUUUGGACUAUGCCCAUUGUCCUAGGAGAUCAGGGUUUGAAUCCCUACUUAACCAUGAAUCUCAUUGAGUGAUCUACCGCCAGUCACUGUCCCUCAGCCUAACCUAUCUCAAAGAGUUGUGAUGAUAAAAUGGGGAGAACCAUGUGUACCACCUUGAACUGCUUGGAGGGAAAGGUGGUAUAUAAUACAUAUAAUAAAUAAAAUUUGUGUGUGGCAAUAUUAGAAACAUGAUUUAACAAGCUGAUAAAUCCUGCAGGAGACAUAAAUUCAUAUUUAAAUAGAUCCAUGCUCAUUUAAACACAAGUGUGCAAAUAACCAGUUGCCCAGGAUGGCUACAUUUUUCCAUUAAUUUGGACUUUAGAAUCCAAGGAAUAUUAGCCUUUUGGUUAAUAUCUAAUAUGUUGAGCUUUUAUAGUUUCAGGGAAAACUAGGUAACAGCAAUGUGAAAUACAGUGGUACCUUGAGUGACAAACGCUUCAGGCUACAAACUCCGCUAACCUGGAAGAGUUACCUUGAGUUGAGAACUUUGCCCCAGGAUGAGAACGGCAAUUGUGUGCCAGCGGCAGCAAGAGGCCCCAUUAGCAAAAGCAUGCCUCUAGUUAAGAACGGUUUCAUGUUAAGAAUGGACCUCCGGAAUGAAUUAAGUUCGUAACUAGAAGUACCACUGUACAGCCACUGUGAAUAAAUGUGGCCACUAGGGGGUCCAGUAGCAACAUAAUACCGUAUUGAGCAAAUCCUUUUACAGCCCAGCUUGAAAAAAAGAGAGAAAUAAGGAAACAUACCUAUAUGGACAAGGCUGACAUAGUAAAGUAUCUGUCUAGCACUGCUGGAGGGAAGGUAGUGCCUAAGGCAGUGUUUCAGCAGGAGUAUGGCUUAGGCUGGGUAUAUCAGAAAGAGGAGCUAUGACUUAACUUAAUUAGUCACUUGUUUUUUAAUAUUACAGAGUUGAGUCCAGACUGAGUAUUUGCAGGAAAUAAAUGGCUUCAGUUGAAGUGUUUGUACCUUCACACAAAUGAGGCCCUCUUCAGGAAACCCUCAUCUAAAAAUUGCUCAAAUUAUUUCCAUGUCUCAAAUCUUCCUAAGACAAUAGACUUGGGUGGAGAAGCUGUGGCACUCCAGAUUUUGUUGGACUCAACUUCCAUCAGUCCCUGCCAGCAUGACCAAGGAUCAGGGAUGAUGGGAGCUGUAAUCCAUCAUAACCUAAAGAUCCAUAAGUUUCUCAUCCCUUCAACAGACUGACUUCAUCGCAAACGUAGGCAUUUCUGGAUUAUAGUUAUUUUUCAUUUUACUACAUUCUCAGCUCCGAGCUUGAUUUGGUACACUUAGCUAAUGAUGUGCUUCCAGGAAUGCAGUUGGUUAAUACAGGGUGAGUCCUUUAAAUGUUCCACAGGGCCUCUUUUAAAAGACUCACCCUGUACAUCUUAGGGGGCCACCAGAUUCUGGUACAGUGUUUGCAGAAUUUAAGGGAAAUAAAGAAUCCAAUGUCUUUGGAAGUAUCAAAAAUCUGUAGAUAUGAGCAGGAAGUAUAAUACCAGGAUGUUACCAUCUUGUGUUGCCAUUAACCCCCAUCAUGCUUUCCUCGAAGGGGCAUUGUGUGAAUAAAAGGGCUGUGCCACCUUUCCUCUGGGCCUACCCUGAUGACACAUGGCUUUUUUUUACCCUACCUUCUCUGUCCACACAUUAGCAUGGACAUCUGAGGCAGGGAACACGAUGUAUGUAGACUUCCCAUUUCAGGCCUCCACAUUAAUAUGUAGAUAGUGGUACUGCAGAGAGCCAUGCAUCAGGGUGGAACUUGAGACAUAGCCAUUGGCUCACUCUAGUAGUGGGAAAGGACUAUCAUUCAACAUCAAUAUGAAGUCACACAGAAAGUGCAUUCAGAUAAGUAAUUGCACGUUUUUUAAAACUAAUAUAAUUGUAAACAGGAUCUCUUUACGGAAGGUUGUAUUGGUUUAAUCACCUAUACUCAAGAAGAACAUGCGAGCACAUGUUGUGCAUGUACAUUGCAUAUCUCUGGAAACUUGCUGCCAUCUAGCUGUUGGGUUCAAGACAAUGGCUCCUCCAGUUCUCACCUGUCACUAUUUCCACAGCGUGGUGCUAUGAGACGACGUUAUGAGGAUGAUGGCAUCUCAGAUGAUGAAAUUGAGGGGAAACGAACAUUUGACCUCGAAGAGAAACUUACCACGAACAAAUUUAAUGCCGAUUUUGUGGUCUUCAUGGAAGGCAAAGGUAAGCAUCAUGCCAAGCUACCUUUCUAAGAUUCAGAUAUCUGUGAGCUCUUUUUUCUAUUGCAGUAAUAAGCAACAAGUGUGUUUUGACUCUCUAGAUGUGCUUAAGCACCAUGUGUAUUGGAACUCCAGCUUCCUAUUUUAAAAGAACCAAAUUGAAAUGCAUCAUGAUUGCAUAGAGUAUUUGAAAAUAAAUUGUUCUACCUCUCACGUUUUACGCUAAAGUAUGGCAAUAUGGUGAGGUGGACUUCCCUUAGGCUUGUGUAAUCUUGUUUUUAAGCAGAACUCCAUGGCCUGACCAGCAUGAAGAACAAUUACAAAAAUGCAUUUUAAGAACUUUUAUUGUAGUUGCAUUUCAUUAUUUGAAAUAUAACAGUGCCUUGUGAAAUAAAUCACAAUUUUUAGGGUUCCAGGUAGGAAACAGGAGCCACAGUCAUGUCAGCCACAGGCAAAAGUCCUAUAUUCAAGAUUAUAUUGUAAAAAGACAAUGCCCUUUAAGAAACAUUUAUUGUUGUCACUUAUUCUCACAGUAACCAGAAAUAUAGGUACUUCUGAAACACACUAUCCAUACUAAAUGGUGAUCCUGAUUAUUAUGUGAUAUUAAUAAGGCGUCUUGGGGAAAAUCUGCUAGCUAUUUAUCAUCUAAAUGAAAAACUAUAGAUAUAUGUAGUUCGGAUUCUGGGAGCAGGAAGCUGGUGGUCUCCUAGAGGUCUGUCAGUAGUAUACCUUGUGAUCCUUACUGACAUUGUGCCCACCACUGCAGUGUAGGGUACAGAUGUUAUUUUCACAAGGAACUGUGGCCAGCCAAAGGCAAUGAUACCAUUUUUUAUGCAUCUUUCUGUGACGGACCCAUUGUGAUCCUUUCUAAUAUUGGGCUUAGUCAUGGGACCUCUAUCCAGACAGCAAAAUGGGGCCACCCACAGACAAGACAGUUCUGCAUACAAGGUGGAUUCCCCUGGGGUUGAGGAACAUUUGAUUCAUGUGAGUGUUUUAAACUUUUUGUGUUCAGUAGGUUACCUGUGAAUGGGCUGCAUAGUGAAUACUGCUGUUGUGAAUGUAGAAGGGGAGGAUGGCAUAUAGAAGGAAAAGCUUUUUAGAACUAGAAAUGUCCCUUUCUGAACUCAAGAGGACUUAACUCUGGGAGAAUUCAUUGCACCUAAUUUUGCAUUUUUACUACUUGUGCAUCUCCUUUGUUGUCCCUUCUUGAGGCACCUGCUGGACAAUGUUGUCCUUGAAAAAUAGCAUCAGCUAUCGCUUAAUGACUUGCAUUACUGUGGGAAAUUCUGUACAAAAAUGUUUUUUGUUUUUUUUAAUUGGUCAGUUCCUCAGCUGUAGAUAGGAGCCAAGAUUUGGAAUAGUUCUGAAUCUGCUCCUUGGAAGUGUACCACUUUGGAACGCAGCUGAUUGAAAUGCCUUUAAGUGAACGAGCAAGGGAAUAGAGAAGGAUUGGAAUACUGUUUUGCCUUUCAACUUUGAAGUAGCAAUUGGCCAAAAUCCUUGCAUAAGACCAUCUGAAAGCUAGAGUGGAUAAUUUGGGCGGAGAAUCAACAUAAAGGUUUUUGUGUCAAUGUCAACCCUUUGAUUAACCAGUAUUAUAUAUGUAUGCAUGAAUCUGAAUACUCAUAGAUGUCUGCCAAAUUAAGGGUCAUGUGGCUGCAAGUGAAUAAUCUAUUGCUCUGGACAGUGUCACUAGCAUUCUUUAUACUUUGUCUCCCUUUUUAAAAUACAGCUUUUUCCCAGUACCUUCUUGUCAGCUGCUAGCCUCUCUUAACAAAUGUUGUCUUCUCUCCUCCCGACAGACUUCAAUGUGGAAUAUAUUCAGCGUGGUGGCUUAAGAGAUCCAUUGAUCUUCAAAAAUUGUGAUGGACUUGGAAUAAAGUAAGUGUUGAUGCAAAGUGUUUGCCAUUAGUUAAGUUGUUCACUGUUGCUAGUAAAGUAACCCUAAUCAGGACUGGUGAAAUGAUGAGGUAUAAUGGGACAAUUGCCAAAGGCAGUAGGCACAAGGGAUAGCUAAUUGGCAUCUCACAGGCCCCUUAUUUGAUUAAUUAUUGGCUUGGGCAGCCAGCUGCCAACCAGCAUGGCUCUUUACCACCUCUUCUGCCACAUCUUCCCUGCCUUGCUUUUCUCUGAGAAAGGAUGAAGGUGUGAGGCCUUCUGGGUGUUGUGGCCAGAAGAAUGCCUGACACCUACAUCAGCUGGCGGCAGUGGCUGUUUUAAAAUUUGGGGGGAAAUGUAAAGUUGCUUGUAACUUUAGAACAAAAACCAAAACCUAAGUUUAAAACUGUCUUUCUAGAUGACAACACAAACUGAGCUCAAGUAGUCUCCUGGCAAUCUUGCUCAGAAGGCCUCACUCUGAAAAAGCCCCCCGCCCCAAAAAAACCCACAGCUCUUCUUCUGAACAAGAUAGGAAGGGGGUGGAGAAACUGCUGGCACUGCAGCAAAGAAAAAUAAAAUUUAAAAAUGUAUGAGAAGGCAGGGAGGAGGAAAGUGAGAGGGAAGAAGCCAGCAUGACCAGCACUGCAAAAAGCAGUGGGGUACCAGCCUACCUCAGAGCAGUCCCUUGUGUGCAGAGCUUGACCUCAGUAUGCAGCAAAUUUCCCAGAAUGCGUCUCCUAUAUAGCUGAAGAAGCUUCUAAUUCAAAUUCAGGAUUCCAUCCCAGCCAGUGGGUUAAACAUUGAAUCUCAGAAGCUGCAGUCAUAUUGUAUCCAGUCCUGUUUGCUGGCAUUUUCCUCCUUGUUUCAUCCCCACUACAGUAAUAAUCUUCUGACUCACUGAAAGAUAGUGCAGCAAGGUCCUUGACUCGCAGCAUGCAUAGUGAGUCUUCCGAACGUGUACCUUCCAUAAGGACUUAAGCCAGAGGUUUUCAACCUUUUUUGGUCCAUGGCUCCCUUGACCAGCUACAUUCUUUAUGCGGCACCCCUGUGGGGCUCAGGAACCCAGUUAUGUCACCCCUUGCCUGCGGAGCUGGAAGCCUCUCAGCCUUUUUCAAACACCCUCCCUUGUGGAAUGUUCCCUCAGCCUUCUCUCCCGUCUCCUUGGGAGUUACAGGGGCAGCAGCUGCUGCUGCCUCUGGUCUCUGAGCUGCCCCCCCCCCCACUUCCCCAAAGAGAGGUGCCUCCUCACACUGCCCCACAGGGGCCUGGGAAGCACCCCCUGGCCAGCCCCAGAGGCACCAUUUGCCAGAGGAGCUUGUAGCCAGGGCUGCUGUAACAAACAGCUGUGCAAGCUUUUGAGAGGCAGAGACGCAAGGAGGGAAGGAAAGCGGGACAGAGGAUAGUGUUGCCCACAGCACCGCUGACUAUCAUUCAAGGCACCCCAGGGUGCCACAGCACACUGGUUGAAAACCACUGACUUAAGCUGUGGACCCAAAGUGUUCCUCUUGCUGCUUUAAUCAUGGGACAGAAUACAGCCAUGGUUUGUUCUGCUUUCAAAGAACAUUCAUUCAUUCAUUAGAUUUAUGAGUCCUCAUUAGUCCUUAUGAGUCCAUUCAUUAGAUUUAGAGUCCUCAAAGUGGCUAACAGCAUUUCUAAAACACAACUGAUACCAAGAACCACAACCACCUUCCUUGCUUCAUUUUCCUCCCAAGAUAAUCUGGCACAAGUAAUUGGUACAAACAUGCCAGCCUGCCUUGCACUGACGCUGGCAUGGCUGCAGCAAUUUUCCUUCUGCAAAGGUGUUUUUUAAUUACAUAUAUACACACUGCUGUCCAAUAUAAAAUACUACUGCUACUUACAGUGACUAACUACAAGGAGUUAAAACAAUAAAAUGCACACAAUAGCGUGGGGAAACUGCAGAUAAAACACUGAGUAAAGAUGGCAGAAAAAUAAACUCUCAGUUUAAAACUCUGGGGAAAAGUAAAAGUUCUGGUGUCUGAACAACAGCAAAAUAUGCACCAGGCAAACCUACUUGGUGAGAAUUCCACAGCUUGGUUGCCACAAGAAGGUCCUCUCAGAUACCACUCACCUUGCCUCUGUUUAGGAGAGCCAGACAGCAGUUCUUGGGCAGGGUUAUGUGAACCCGUACUUUUCGCACCAUAGGACGCACCGGACAAUAGGACGCACCUUGUUUUAGAGGGGGGAGAACAAGAAAAAAAAAUCUCCCCCUCUCUGCCCAGCGCCCCUUCAGCGAAGCGGCAGGAGGCGCUGCGCAGAGAGGGGGAGAAUUUCCCCCCUCUUGUUUCCCCCCUCUAAAACAAGGUGCCGUUUAAGGUGCGUUCAGUCGCCUUCAGGCGGCUACCUUGGAAGCCUGGAGAGCGAGAGGGGUCGGUGCGCACCGACCCUCUCGCUCUCCAGGCUUCAGGUUCCUUUCGACCUGCUCUUUGGGGCUGACGGGGGGAAGCCCACCACCAGCCCCAAAGAGCAGGUCGGGGAGCGGCGGAAAGCUUCCAUGGCUUCUUUAGCCCCGUGCGCGCUCUCCCGGCUGGAGAGGUGGCGCGCGGCUUAAGAGGCUCCGGCCAUAGCCACGCGUCACCUCUCCAGCCAGGAGAGGGUCGCGGGGCUAUGGCGUCUUCGCUCCAUAGGACGCACUCACAUUUCCCCUUCAUUUUUGAAGGGGAAAAAGUGCGUCCUAUAGACCGAAAAAUACGGUAUGUUCUAGUACUCUAAAUUCUGCUUGGAAAUGGACCAAUAACCAGCAAAGAUGUUUAAUCACCUGUGAGAGAUGUUCCCACCAACUGUUCCCAGUCAGAGGUCCAGCCCUUGUGCAGGCCAUUCCAGUAGUCUAAUCUGUAGGUUGCUAGCCAGUGGACAGAUUGAGGUACGGCUAUCAGGAAGGGGCUGCAGCUGGCACUUUUUUUUCAGUUUAGAGCAGUACCGAAACAGCUGCACCUAUAGUUGGAGAAAAGAAGCCCUAGAACUGGCUAAGACCAUGUUAGGCAGUAAGUAUAACACUCUCUCCCAUCUGUCUGCUUGAGAAUUAUUGCCCUUUAGAAAGUGAGCCACACUUGCAAUGACAGCAAACGAAGAUGGGGGCACAGGAUUUGUAUGUUUCCACAUUUACUCUUUGAAGGCUGAAGCAAACCUAUGAAGUUUUUGUAGUUCGUGUCCGAAGUGCCCAGGAUAAAAUUGCAUGGUGAAGGGCUAUUGGGUGAUUAUUGCAUUAAUUUUUUUUUCUUUCAUUUUACAGGAUGCCAGAUCCAGACUUCAGUGUGAAUGAUGUACGACUCUACGUAGGUAAUUAUGCACUCCUGUUUUUUAGUAGCUCAGAGUAUCGGCUGUGUGUAACAUAUGAACAAUCUGAAAUAUGACAUGGAAUUUGGUUUUCGUUACACAUAAUUUUUUUUAUUAAAGAAACCCUGACUUUGUGGGAAAAUAGCUGAAACUUCUUCAAAAUCAGGGGGCUUUGAGCGGAUAACCUAUACCCUGUCCUCCCAUACAUUCUUUAAUCUUUUUUCUAUACUCUGGUGUCCCUCCCACCUUUCCUACUACAAUUUCUAGCCCAAGUAGCCACAUAUUUCUGUGUCCUGAUAGGGAGUCGAAGGAUGGUGGACGUCAUGGAUGUAAACACACAAAGGGAUAUUGAGAUGACCAUGGCACAGUGGGCACGCUAUUAUGAAACUCGAGAGGAGGAGCGAGAGAAGCUGUAUAAUGUCAUCAGCCUGGAAUUCAGCCACACACGGCUCGAGAACCUGGUGCAGAGGCCAAAUACAGUAAGCAGAGACCCUUGCCCUGCCAACAUCACCCUGCUUUUUCCAUUUCAUUUGAAUAGAUAUGGGGCUUCAUAAGUUUUAAUUUGAAUUGUUUGAAGAAGGGAAUUAUUUCACAUCCAUUUGGGUAAAUUCCAGUCAGCUGAUUGAUGCCAAUUAGUUUUUACAGAUACCUUCUGGUUCCUAACUAAAUGUACCUGUAACACUACACUUCAAAUACUCAUAAUCAUAUAGGGUGACUUAGAUCCUCAUAUUUACCAAUAGCCAUCAAUGUAAGAGAGGAAUCCAAGAUGUAACCCAUACUUUCAAUAAAAUCAUUAGUGCUAGUGAGAAAUAAAGACGCUGUUUACAGUGGUGAGUGAAGUUAAGUUUGUGUAGUAUGAAUCAUCUAUGUGGCAACGUAAGUUAACUUUAAGGAUGAUACUUUAUAGUAGUGUGAAUUUUGUGAGAAGAAUUCAAGUAGUGCUGGCUAAUUUCUAGCCAAGCCUUAAUUACUUGAAUCUUGUCCCUUCAUUAGCUCAGUAGCAAAGUUCUGUAUACAUUGGCUAAUGUAGUUCUGCGUAGUCAUUUUGAACAUUUUAAAGCUGCAUGCUAUCAGUGCACAGGUUCUUGCAAGGGCUUACACAUUUAAAUACAAAUUAGUGUUUAGCAGUAUCUCAGCUAGCUGCCCUAAUUGAGUAUAAAUGUUGCAGGUUUUGUGAUGUGAAGAAGGGAGAGCAAACCAAGCUCCUUGAGUAAGUCAUAGUUAUGCAGUUAGCAAAUGUGAGGGAAAUGGCUUAUUAUUUUUAGAAUGGUAAUGGAUUCUUACGAACAUGUAAACAUUAAGGGCAGCUGGAGCAGAACUUUUCAUUCCUGAAUAACUACUUAGAUGCAAGGCCAUUCACCAUGAUUCCAUCUUCUAGUCAUGGUUGUAGUCUAGACUUUGUAAUAAACUUCCAUAGGAAAGUUAUUGCUGAUGGCAAUUGCAACUUGGGUGACAUAGAAUACACUGCUUGGAAUGAAACAUUGGAUAGACAUCGUACACAAGUGGAAAUAAAUCUGCAGAAGCCAUUUUACAAAAUGGCCACAAGCCAUGCUCUUGCAGCACCAUUCCCAUCAUGCAAAGAUGCAUUUACCACGCCUCUGACCCAUUCAGUCACCCCAACUCGGCUAGCUUUAAUAAGCCAAGAUGGACAAGGAGCUAAUGAGCAUGUGGUCAGCACAUCACUGCAAGUAUCCUGUCCACAUCCUCUGACUGCAUUUACUAGACCUGCAUUUACUAGACCUGAUACCAAAAGACUGGCUGGACAUUACAUUGGACAUCUCAGUAGGCAUCUAAAUUGCUACGGAGUCAAGUGACUUUAUCCUCAAAGUGUUCAGCCAUCCAGUUAUAGCUAGACACCAUGUACUCCAGAGGUGUACUCUCUCUUCAGAAGUAAGUAGCCUCCAGACCACACGGAACAACUCUGAGGCAGUGGAGUAGGAUGUCUUUGCUGCCCUCACUGCCUCAUGGUAGACCAGUUAGGAGCCCGAACACAUGGAGCCCAAACCACAUGGUAAACCAGUUAGGAGCCCUCCAAAGUGAGAUUUAUGUCACUUACGCUCCAGUCCUUGCCCAGUCCAUUUCAUCAUCUGCAGCUCCUUAGUAUAUCAAGGAUCAAAACAGACUCCACAGCACCAGAGCAAUUGUGUCAAUAGCUGUACAAGUCUCAGUUUCCUAGUGAAACUAGGACAUAAACAGGGUCACGCACUUUAUCCACUGGAAAACCCCCAAAGCAGUGAGGAAUUCAACAGAUUCCAUUCGUAUCGGGGGGCAGAUCACCCUAACUGGUCCCCCACCCUUGCAGGGGAGAAUCAUUGCUGCAAGUCCAAAUCUCACCAGGAAGUGGUCUGAGAAUGACAUGCCCCACCCCCUUUUCCAGACCACCCCAGUCAGCAUGAAGCAAAGACUAAAUCAAGGGUAUGUCCUUCUCUGUGCAUUGCACUGAUGAUCAUUUGAGACAGGCCCAUGGUUGCUAUGAAGGCCAUGCACUCCCAAGCAAGACUUGAGGCAUCCUCAGCAUGAAUGUUGAAGUCACCCCAAACCACAGUUCUGGGUUCCUCCAACAUCACGCCCAAUACACCAUUGGCCAGCUCAGCUAUGGAGGCUGAUGAGCAGCAUCCCUAGCCUUUGGCCCAACACCAGAUUGCAGGCCCUCCAGUCCCACUCCAAGAAAGAAGGCUUUCCCAGUAGUGGUAAGUGAAUUCCUGUGGACUACAGCAACAGCUCCGCACCCACUAUGCCUGUCUGGGCUGAUGUUGCCCCAAGUACCAGGUGGCCAAAGCUGAGUCAACUCAGGUGUUGGUGAUGCAUCCCUGGUCAGCCUGUUCCUCCACAGUAAGAUGAUGAAUUAGCAUGAUGUAUCCUCACCUCCAGGAGAGUGUCCACUAUAACAUAGGAACAUAGAAAGUUGUCUUAUACAAAGUCAGACCUUGUCAUGCUUGGUAUUUGCUAUGCUGACUGACAACAGUUCUCCAGGGUUUGAGAGAGGGAACUCUCCGAGCCAUACCUGGCAGAUAGAGAACCUGGCACCUUCUGUAUGCCAGGCAGAUGCUCUACCACUGAACUACACUCCUCCAAUUGUCAUCUUGUAGCGAACCCUCAUUUGGAGAUGUUGGCAUAUAAUUUGUGUUGGCCCAACGCUUAUUUUGAGAUGCACAAUCCUAAAUCUUUAUUCUUGCUUUCUCCUCUACUAUUGGCAUUAUAAUAUAAUAAAACUUAUGUACAUAUAACUUGUGAAGAACUGAGACAUCUCAAAACAUGUAGCUUGACAAAUUUUAUGGAUGUAGAUGUCAUAAUUCAUGAGAGAAAGAUUGCUGGAGGAUGGCUGGCAGCCACUUUGGGAAAUGACUUUCCCAGACUUAUGUCGACCAGCACAUGAUGUCUACUCAAUUUUCUUCAUUCCAAAUUGUCAUCUUGGUCAUCCAACUGGAAAUUUCUGUCAGUAACAACUUUGCUAUGGAAAGCUAUUACAGAAUCAGGGCCAUGGUUGCAUAAUUAAUUGAGACAUUAAUAAGCUGAGUACUCAUUUCAUAUCUGAUACUUCAGGAAUUUAACAUAUAUGGAGAUCAUAGUGCAAUACUGUAUUUGUAGCUAGAGAGUAUGAGGUAAGUAUUUCUGAUAAUGUACCUCAAAGUAAGUAUAGCAUUUUAUAUUCAGUUCAUUAAGUUAUUUUGACUGCCAUUAGCAAUUAUGUUCUGUAGCAAUGAAUCCUCCUAGUAUUUCUGCUGUCUAAACUUUGCUCUAAUACCUGUAUGGUUUCAGGUGGAUUUGAUUGAUUGGGUUGAUAAUAUGUGGCCAAGGCAUCUGAAGGAAAGUCAGACAGAAUCAACAAAUGCUAUUCUGGAUAUGCAGUAUCCCAAGGUGCAGAAGUAAGUAGUUUCAGAUGUUGUGUGUAACCACCUAUCCACUAGGGCGAGAUUUCAGAAUGAGGUCUCUGCUAAAGCUGCCUCUCCUUAAUAUAAUGCCCAAACUCUUUCAGUCAUCCAAGCCAGAAACCUAAAGGUUGUUUUUCCUAACAUGACAGUGAUACAGAACAGCCUUGCACACUAUAUUGUCGAAAGGUUAUCUUUAUUUGAUUGAAAAUAUCAGGAAUUGCAAUAAUAAAGUGGAGGUGGUUCCUGUUACAACAUUGUUGGGAUGUAGUUCCCUGUUGCCCCUGUUCUGAUGCAAUAGUAGCUGUGCCCCAUGGUGGUCAUUUAGAUCAACAGCAAUUGGCAUGGGGGUCAGCAUCCUGAAUGUGUAAAUUCUGGGUGAUUAGUGCUUUGAUUCAAAGUGCCAGUCACCCAUAAAAUACUGUCAGCAAGCACUCUAAUACCAAGCAUUUAUUCCAUCUGCAUAGAAAUGCAAGAUUGAUUGGACUUGAGUUGCAGUUUCAUAUUGCUGAUUUCAUUUCAGGUACUGUCUGAUGAGUGUCAAGGGCUGCUAUACAGACUUCCAUGUAGACUUCGGUGGCACUUCAGUGUGGUAUCACAUCCACAGAGGGGGGAAGGUAUUGUGACAAUCCCAGCAAGUUGCUCUGUUUUGUGUGGGAGAUUGUGCAGAAGGAUAUAGUUUUUAAAUGCUUAACUGAGUGAAAUUGGAAUUCCGUUUCUCAUUUGCCUGCUGAGGUAUCCCAAAACACUGGACCCUGUGAAUCAUGAAGCUGUGUCUGCUUUGUUCAGAAAUCCUUCAGUCUGGCUUCUGACUAAAAAAAAAAGGAAGGGCAGGGAGGGGGAAGGAGACAUGGGAAAGGUUCUGUUGUGCUUCUAGAACACUUGCCCACUGCAGAGCUGCUGUAUCAUUAAUUGCUUCACUUUCUUGAACCACCCAGGGAGCCACAUGCAGCUCAUUAGCUUGUGUUUGGUCACUGUGCUUUAGAAUCAGGACAACUAAGCUUAUUGUACUGUUGAAUAGGAUUCCCAGGUGGAUACAGUAUGUAACUAAUGGAACAUGAGCAAAUUGAAAGGGAGAUGUAUGAGUGAUUAGUGAAACAGAUGUAUAUUAAAUCAUUUGCAUUGCUAAACAAACUUGAGGACAUUAUACUGGAAAAGCAGGAUAUACAUACUUUGAAUCAAAUAACAUCCAAUCUUUUUUUAAAAAAAAAUAACAUUGAAAAUAUAAGAGCUCACUGUAUCCGCUGGUAUGCUUUAAAAUUUGGGAGGUUGUGUCCAACUAAAUCACUGCAUGCACAUAACAAUUGCUGUGUAGGCAACUGAACUUCCUCCCCCUUUCAUCUCCUUGUGUACCCUCCAGUAUGCUCUAGGGGUUUCCAAAGCCUUAAAGCAAAUUUAGGGAUCUUGAAGGGGAAGGAGAGCUUGCAAGAUUCCUAGUCCAUAUAGUCUUUUCUUCCUAUUUCGCUUCCAUUAGUGGUUACAGGCCUUCCAUCCAGCCUUAUAUGAGGAAUUAAUUAACGUGUGUGUGCAUGGACACACACACAGAGAGAGAGAGAGAGAAUUACAAGCUUGUCUGUGAAAACAUUCAAAAGCUGUGAACAUUUAAACACACAUUUCUAGACAAUCCAUGUUAUCCAAACUUGUUUCCAUCCACCCACCCUUUUCUCCCUCUAGUCAGAAACAUAAUUUUUGGCACCUCUGCUUCUUUGUAGACAACAGGUACUUGUUUCUCUAGCUUCACCAGUUUAGAGAAGUAUUCCUUGGUUUUUGUUGCAAAUAAGGCAUAGAGACAAAUUAUCAGUAGCUUAAUCUGGUCUCUCUCACAAACUGAGGCAUUGCUGAGGAUUACACAUACGGAUUACUUUUAGAAACAACAAAGUGGUUUAGGUACCUUAUAUUUCAUAAUAUUCGGUAGGGCAUGUGCUGUGUACUUGAGUGGUUAGUGUUUGUGUACAUACAACUUCUUACUUUUUAAAGAAAUUUGAGGAAACUACAACGCUGAGCUCUCCAAUAAUUCUAAUUCUGUCAGUGUGACUACUAAAUAGUCCUCAUUCACUUUAUAUAAACAAACCUUUGCUUUGGUGGAAAUAAGUACAAAAGGCAGGUAAUUUGUUAAAACUCUUGAAUGCUGAAGUAGAAAUUGUCUCUGUAGGCAUGAAAAUAAAUUACUUGAUUCUGAAUUGUAAUUGCAACUUCCUGUUCUAUUCAUUUAAUACUGAAAGCAUAGUGUGGUUACUGCUACAAAAUGCAAGCCAUAAAGAUUCACCAACUCACAGCCUUCAUUAUGAUUUGGGGUUUUUAACCUUCUGAUUUGUGCAUUGCCUGCUCUUGGCACAUCUUAUUGCUGCAAUGACUCUCAUUUUUUUGAGCAGUGUUGGCUGUGCACUGUUUGUGCAAUUGAAGUUUCAUUUUAGUUUGUGUGUUAAUACUAACCACUCACUCCAGGCGUACUAUACUACACAUGAAAAGCAAUUUCCACAUAAUGCAAAAUAUUGAGGCUGCCUCUUACGGUAAUGAAUACUGCUGGCCAUUAAACUGUUCGCAUUCGCAGCAAGGAAGGCACAUAUAGAAAAUAAAUGAUGUGUUCUGCGCUAUAGAGUAGAGAUGUAGGGGGAGGUUAGUCUGUGGUACAUACAAGACAGAUAGUGCUGAAAGAUUUUGCCAAAAACCUAACCUUAAGGAUCCACUACUUGGAGGAAGAGUGCUAAAAAAUUAGGGAGGGAAGGUUUUUAGGUAGAGUAAUCAGCAUGCAACAAGGCACCGAUGAAAGGUAGGAUGAGACAACUCUGGGACAAGUAGUUUAAUAUACCUCUUCAGUUAUUUUUGUCCAUGUUGCUCCAGCAACAUUUGCUGCAGUCUCAAGGAGUGACCCAUUCUUUCCCCCAUCUCCCACCCCUGCCAAGAACUGAACUUAAAAUCAAGGAUCCAUGGUUAGCCUCCACUGCAUGUUUGGAUAUACGCCAGAUAGUGCUGAAUUUCCCCCAUCACAACUGAUGUAUUUAUCAGGGUAAGCACCAGUGCACCUAAGCUACUGAGUAAAGCGUGAAGUGCUUUUAUUUGGGAAGGUGGGCUUUGUCGGCCAAUUGUUGCAUGGUUUAUAUAGCACUGCUCUUGAGUUUCUUUUAAGUCUGGCUCAUAUAACAAAGCAACAAAUGGAUCUCAGCAAACAGUAGGUUUUCAAAAGAGAAGGUUUGUUAAAUCUAUCUUUUUCCACUUGUAGGUCUUUUGGUUAAUUCCACCCACUCCCCAGAACCUGGAGUUGUAUGAAAACUGGCUGCUGUCGGGAAAACAAGGGGAUAUCUUUCUUGGUGACAGGGUGUCAAAUUGUCAGCGUAUUGAGCUCAAACAAGGCUAUACCUUUGUCAUACCCUCAGGUAGGGUAAUGUGAACAGAGCUUAAACUAAUUUUCUGUUGCCAAAAAUAAAUGUGUCCAUUGAAGCAUUAGAAGAGUUAUUUCUUGCAGUUUGUUUGUUAGCCAUGUGGUCUUGAGCUUUAACUAUUGUUGCUCCUUAGACCCAAUGAGGCUGUCAGCUACAUGGGCAAAUCUUAUGUAUGGGAAAGGACUUGAGAAGAAUAAACAGUAGAUCAGAGACCCCCAAAACAGUAUUCCCUUUUCCAAGUCAAUUGGAAUUGUUUCCUUUUUGAUCCUGCCUUUGAAAAUAAGAUGGCACGCAUUGCUGAAAAGGAGGAAGAAUCUUGUAGCUUUUAGUAGCAGGAGCUGAGAUUAAGAGCAGGCCUGUUUUUCAGAAAGCACAACUCUUAGAAUACUACAGAAAUCAGCUUUAGUAGCACAAGGUUCUCCAUUAUGCAACAUCAGAAAAUCUUAACUUAUGGGCUUUUUGCUAUCAGGUUGGAUCCAUGCAGUGUACACUCCUAUGGACACCCUGGUCUUUGGGGGUAACUUUCUGCACAGCUUCAACAUCCCUAUGCAGCUGCGGAUCUACAGCAUUGAAGACCGCACACGGGUAAGCGGUUUCCAAAAGUUUUCAAACCUGAAUAACAUAGGAAUUUCAGUAGCAAUACUACUAGCUCCCCGCAGAAUUUUCUUUGCUCACUGGUAAAUGAAAUAGGCAAUUUUUAUCUCUGGGGAGCAUAUGCAGUAUUUUUUCCCCUCUGCUGUGAAAACUGGCAGUUUAUUAUGACGCUGCUAUCUUGUUCAAUCCAUAAGAGGACCCAUCUUUGUAAUUUUCUUAGGAGCCUUGGUGAGGAAAGAUUUUUGACAACAUAUAUAGGCUUGGAUCCUGAAUCUCCUUUCACUGGCAGAGUGUCCUGCGAGCAGAGUUCCAUUUAUGGGAUGCUCUCACCAACAGAAAGAGCAGGGUCUGAGCUGGUACUGUUACAGGUGCCACAUAAUAUUUGUUCCACAGUUGUAAGAAUUCUAUCUUUUAGUGUGGUGGCAUCGACACUUUGGAAUUCCGUGCCUAUUGACAUCAGGUGGGGGCUUCACUGUACUCUUGUCAGUGCCUGCUUUUAGGAAAUUGUUUAGGAAAGCCUAUCCAGACACGUAGAUGUGGACAUGUUUAAACCUCUUUUAUUUUACUGUUAAUUUUAAAUGUUUUGGCUGCUUUUAUUGAUAAUUUUAAUAUUUCUUGCAAACCACUGAGAAGUUUAACUGCAAUCAAGCAGUAUAUACAUUUUGGUAAAUAAAGAAUAAAUAAAGGCUGUUCUGUUUGUAGAAGGGAAGGGAAGAUCUAAAUGAGUGUCUAUAGCAGGGAUAAUCAGCCCAUGGACCACAUAUUGCCCCUGUAAAGUUUUUUGUGGCCUACAGAGACCCCCCACCUUGAUUUGUUGGUUGUAUCACCAAUGCAAUAGGCUGAAAAUUCCACCAUAUUCCACCUUUUGUGUUUCUGGCAUUUGAGUGCCCCACAGUUAGUCUCUAGUGUUUGAGUCCAAUCCUCACUCCCCAAAUCAGCAGGUUUCUACAGCUGCUUUUGCCACUGUUCAUUGCCAUGCAGCUAUGGAGUAUCAGGCUAUGAAGUUUUCAAGAUCAGCCCAUAAAGCUAUAGUAAGCCUUGUAGCCAGCAGCAGUUUGGACGAUCAGGAGAGAACGUAUUUCUCUGUCAGGCAUCUGAGGAAGCCGAAGCAAUCCGUGGCAGAUGAUAGAGAGGCGACAUAAACAGAUAACUUAAUUGAAGGUUGGCAACUUUGAGAAAUUGAUUAGCUUUUCUGGUUGGAAUGGGGGUGCUUCACUCAGCAGUAAAUAAUAAACUAACUGAUGAACUUCAUUAUUGAGAGGGGAGAAGUAGUAUUUUUAUUUCCCUAAAAGGGAGUGAAUGGUAAUGGGAUGGUUUACAAGGGUGUGCAACUGGUAGCAUUUUCUAGACUCAGCCUUCUCACUUCUUACACAUUGACAGGUUCCAAAUAAAUUUCGCUAUCCCUUUUAUUAUGAAAUGUGCUGGUACGUACUAGAACGCUAUGUCUUCUGCAUCACCAACCGUUCCCACCUAACCAAGGACUUUCAGAAGGAGUCACUCAGCAUGGGUAAGAGUUAUUUCCCUGUUAUUUGGCUGUCAUUCUUCUGUGAAUUUCUAAAAACACUUUGCUUCCAAGCUAAACUCUCAUCUGGGUUGACAUUAGAAUAAAAAGAAUCACUUGUUUUGAUGCCUUCUGACUUCAGCAAAAGUAACCUCUUAAUUAAGCAUUUUCUCCAAGAUUGGUGGAAUAUGCCAGAAUACAGAUUACAUAUUUCUACAGUUUGUAGUGGUUUGUGUUCCCCAUUGAUAGGCAAGUGGCAAAUGGGUCACAGCUGCUGUGUGCUGUAUUUUCCCAACUUUGAAACACAGCAGGGUAUUGACUGAUACACUUGCAUGCUCACUCUUGCCAAGAGUGUGUGCACAACAGCUAGGGAGCUGUACUCCAUUUUCCCCAGGCCGCUGUGGUGGCUGAGUGAAUAGUACAAAUACUGCAACACCUUAAUUCUCUCCAAAGCUGUUCCACAGGCAGAGCUGCUCAGUUAUCACUGUUCUACCCUUUACAUACAGAUAUGGAGUUAAGCGGCUUGGAGUCAGGCACUGUGGAUGAAGAUGAUGCAGCAGCAGAAAAGGAAUCGCGCCGCCCUGUCACUAGGCGGUCGGUCCUCACUAGCCCUGUAGCCAAUGGUGCUAAUCUAGACUAUGAAGAACUAAAUAAAGGCUGUCGGAGUUUGCCAGAUCUCAAGAGAACUCUCUCCAUGGACUCAGAGUCCAGUCGAGGCUCUCACAAUGGCCAAGCCUGGGACACUCAUAGCAACAGCCCUCAUAAGGGCAACAAGGUGCAUCUGACCCAAUUUGAGCUUGAAGGUCUGCGUUGUCUUGUAGACAAGCUGGAGUCUUUACCCCUACACAAGAAGUGUGUACCCACAGGCAUAGAGGAUGAGGACGCCCUUAUUGCAGAUGUUAAGGUAUGUUGUAAAGUCAAGAGUUACCUCAUUUUUGUUUGUAGCACUUUUUCCCCAGCACCUGUGACAACCCACCAAUGUUUGUUUACAUGGGCCGUGUGCAAGCCUAAGUGAUUUGUUGCUGUGGCCAGUUUCUCUAUUAGAGUUGAUCAGCUGCUUAUGCAUCUGUUAAUAUUGUAAAGUUAUCUAGCAUGGCUCUGUGGGUGUGUUGGGCUCUGCCACCUCCGUAGUGUGUGAGCACAGUCAUCAACUGGAUUACAUUUUUUGCUAGUGCUUCACUUCUGGUCCUGGGCCAUACGAAGUUGUUUCAUGCCAUUAGGAGUUGAAGAAAGACUUGCCCUCCCAAGCUUUAUCCAUAUGAAACAAUGCACGUUGAUCAACAGUGUAAUUUUAUGGCCUCUUGUCGCUUUCUCUGUGUGAAUCCCUGAAUGGUAAUGAGGUGCUUUGAAAAUGGCUCUGAAAAGCUCUCUUGAAAAUUGGCCCUCUUGUUAUGGCUUCUUUGGCUAUGAUUUGUUCCUGACCUUGUUUGUUUCCAUGGUACCAGAAAGGUGUACACACACCUAACACACUUGCAUAAACAUCUCACUAAAUCAAAAUUUCCAAAAGUAUGCACAAAAGAACUUGACAGAUGAAGUGGCAGUAAUCGCUAUCUGUCCAAGGGUUCAAGAAAGAAGAAGGCAAGCAGUAUAUCCACAGCUUCAUUUUUUAAUAAGUAUCUUCUUCCUUUGGUCUGCUUACACACUCUUCUUUCUCCUUGCGCUUCUCUAUCAGGUGUGGUGGCAUUGAGGAAAAGAUGGGCUUACUUGGCCAAAUGGGCUAGCAAAACAGCUUUAUCCAACUCAAAAGGCAUCAGGAUUGAAUGCUGUUCUCUUUAUUGGAGACUUGCUGGAAGAAAUAGAUAAGGCUAAAAAUGGUAGAACCAUGAGCUGCUUACCUCCCUGGAGGGAAUAAAAGCUGUCACUUAUUCACCUUUCGUUUCACUAUAGUACAUGCCUAUGUUGUCUGACCUAUCUGUAGAAAAAAGGUGAUUAACCCCAAGGUUUCCAAUGAAAAGGGAGCACUCAAACUUGACUGGGGUCAUAAAAAGCCUAGUACAGAUAGCUUGUGUGCUCACAUGGCAGCACUGUUUCACUUCUUUUCACUUUGCUUCAGUUUGCUUUGUUACAGAAACCCAUCAACCUGUUUCAAAAUGCCACCGGAAGUAAGAAAAUUGAGACCUGACUGUAAAAAAAAAAAAUUGCUUUCUUGAUCUUGUGCAUUUAUGACAAUUCUGUAGCAUGCUAAAGCAAUGUCUAGACUAGAGCAAGAACAGUGUUGAACAUUUUCAUUGGCAAUACUAUGUACAGGCAUUUCACUUCUCCAUAGCUUCUAUACUGAAUUCCCCUUGAACUCAAUCAAUUACUAAUACUUAUGAGACUUGGGGCCACUUCAUACAUUACCCUUUGUAGGUAAGGUACCCUUUGUACUUGCGUAUUUAAUUCCAAAGUAUAAAUACAUGCAAAUAUCAUCACAUAUAAGCAGUGCACACAUGUAUAAACUUCAGAUCUUGCCAGCAAAUUACACAGGAGCUGGACUCUGAUUCUGAAUGUAGAUGCACUUGAACACCAUUUUGAAGAUAAAUGCGCUUGGACACCAUUUUAUAGAUUCACAGAAUCAUAAAAUUGUAGAGCGGGAAGGGUCCCUGAGGGCAUCCAGUUCAACCCCGUGCAAUGCAGGAAUCUCAACUAGAUCAUAUAUAACAGAUGUCCAUCCAACUUCUGCUUAAAAACCUCUAAGAAAGGAGAGCCUUUCACCUCUCAUGGGAGACUGUUCCACAGCUAUUCCUAUCAUACAUUUCAUUUAUGUAGGCUCUGAAAUCUGCUCCAAACUGGCCUUAAGGAUAAAAUGGAAGGGAAAGGCAUAUGAAAGAAUAUAUGUAUAUUUCAUAUUGGCAUGGUGCAAGGUGAUGUACCAUUUGGCAGCUGUGAUACACAGAAGAUUGCAGCUGUGAAUGUGAGCACUUUUAACGUCUGAGACUGGCACUUUUAAGACCCAGAGAGCUUGUAACCUAGUGCAUAUUUGCUCUAGCAUUCUACUAUUUGUGGUAGAAGCUUUACAAAUACUUGACAUCUAGCUUAACUACUUUUAUUUCAGCUUUUAAUGUGUAGGUGGAGGUUAUAACCAGAUAGUACUCAACUAGUCAGUUAUGCCAGUUCACCUAGUAAUACCUGUUUGACUGGUCUAGCACCUGCUUAUCGUUGCUAGUUGCCGUCUCAAGUUUGCUAACACGUUGAAUUCUGAAACCUACAAAAAUGUUGGGUGUGUGUGUGUGUUAGAGAGAGAUCUUGCAGCAUUGAAGAGGGUAAUUCAGACGUCUUGCUUAAAUAGAACGUUGCGGUGUCUAGGUUGGAGGAGGCGGUCUUAAGAUUUCAAAUAGAUUGAAUAGCUAGGGGGGUUAAUAUGUUGCAACGAAGUAUCUAUUUCCACCUCUCUGAUGAGGAACGGCAUGGACACCUUGGGCAUGUGCCUUCUUCGGAGUUAAAACGUCAUUGUGGGUGUUGAGAGGGCGUCGUCGUUAAGCGGCAGUUGCUUCUGAGGGCAUAGCGAGGUGGGGGAUACUGGAAAACGGGGACGUAGCUGCAGCGCACCGAGCGGGUGAAAAGCUUUCUGUGCUGUUCUCUAUAAAGUCUGCCCCAGCCAGCCCUCGGGUGCUGGCCCCGGAUUCUCCAAUUGCAGUAGUGGUGGGGGAGGGGGAGAGAGGCUGCCUCGGCUGCCGCCUCGACCAAUCAGCAAGCAGCCAGCGGCUUGGCCCGGCCCCCUCCCAACUCUGCAGCAGAACGGCUUUGCCGUCCUGUUCCUGGCUUGGUUUUCUCGGUCUCCUUUCUCUUCUGCCAUCUUCCGUUGCAAAGCAUUGCUGGGAACUGCAUGUGGGUGACGCAGCAGCAUUGUUUGCGGGCGCAGGAAGCUUCCGCUGAAGGGUUCUGGAAGGAACAUGCUGCUGGCGCCGGGCAGCCGCUGGUGCUGGCGGAGUUGGGAUCGCGCUUCCUGAGCCGCUCGUGUAAAGGAGGAGGAUUGUGCUGGAGUUAAAAUUACAUAGUGGGGGGAGGAUCGAAACCGAAGCCCUGCAGCUUGGCAGAAUAGAAAACAAAGGGACUCGGAAACUUCCUCCGAGACUCUCGGCACCUUCCGUGGAACGAAGCACGCAAGGUCAGGCAGACACGAACCUGGGGGGUUUCAGCAGGGUUCCGCCGGCGGGUGGGGGAGGGAGAGAGCUGCUUCCCACAUCCAUGCAGGAUAGGAUCACCCGGGACUCCCCUCCCACGGUUCCUCCUCAUUUGUUUGAAGGGUACUUUCCAUGGGAGGAGAUCACAAGCUUGGAAUGCAGGGACUCCCUUUUAUCGGUUACAGGGUCGGAGCCCGCGUCUUCCCUUCCCAAGUUGGUUUGCAUUCUUUGGGUGUUUGGGAACGGCACGUUUUCUACUUCGGAUCAGUGAUAGACUUCUUCUUACUCUUGGGGCGGGGUGGGGGCUACUCUUUCCUAAUAUCCGCGUGAGUCGGUGAAGCUGGGUGUUCCCACCCCCGGAGUUUGCACGUCUGUGCAGCCACCCCUAAAGUGCCCCAGGCUGAUGCAUAUAGUGCGUUUCCCCUUCUGCCCCGUGAAGCAUGUGUCUUCAUGCCCUCAAAUGCCGACCUUUCCUCAUAAGUAGACGCUGUAAGGGAGAGGGUGGGGCUUGGGGACUGCACAUUCGGCUGGGCUAGCCGAACAGCCACUUCCUUCCACCCACAACCUUCUCUUGAAGGGUGGAGAAGCAGCUGUAAAGCGGAGUGGAUAAAAACUGGUGGUGCUUCUUUUUAAAUUAAACCGGAUUUAAGUUUUUUAUUUUUUGGAAAAUCCAGUUACUUAACAAACAUUUAAACUGCAAUCCCACACCCAUUUACUUGAGAGUAGACCCCAUUGCAUUUUGUGGACUUGCUUUUCAGUAGGUAGAUAAAUAUUAUAUUAGCAUCUAUCCUGAGUCAAACACAUUGAGUUGCUUUCUCCCUCCGCCCUAUACUUAAAUUGAGGUGCUGUUCUAUGUAAAAGAAUGAUCCAGUUAAAAAAUGUGAAAAAAAGUCAGGCAUUAAUAAACAUUCUGGCUGAUUAAUUACUAGCCCUUGAUUAUGGAAAGCUCUGGACAUUUAAUCUUAAAUGAUUUUGCUUGGUGUUCUUACAUGCUGGUAGAGAGCCAAACAUUCUUUAUCAUAAUGCAUUUCUUUAAGCAGAUACAGUUUGCAGCAGAAAAAGCAUGUAUGCUGCAUGACCAGGUAUUUUGGACUGCGUUCCCUGGGUAAUAAGAAGACUUGCUGUAUUUAGUUGUAGACAGAUUUUUAAUUGUUUGUAGCAACCAAUUAACAUUGCUUAUUUAGGAACCAUUAAUUGGACAGUUGGAAACUUCAUUUUAAAUUGUCGUUGUGAAUUGGACACCUAUCUUGGUGACUUUAAAUUAAUCUGUCCUACUGGAAAGCAACUUCCCUGUAUAGGCAGCUUCAGAUGGGAAUAUGAAUCCCCUUUCUCUGGUAAGUGCCAGGGAGAGUGAGCCCAGCCCAUGCAGUGUUCUUUGCCUCUUGGCAGCUAGAGACACUGCACUCCCUGCACACGGGGAUGCCAGCAACGUAACCAUAGUAACCUCAAGUAAAUAAAGCACAUCUGAAAUGGCAGUCAAGAGUGGGUGGGUAAGGUGGACGACAGAAUCAGGAACAAGGCUAAAAGAGCCAGGCGGGAGGAGAUGCUGUCUCAGGAUGGCAACCACAUUUGCUAGAACCUGGUCAUUGGUUGGUGGCAUAGAAAUUAUCUAGCCCAUGUGUGAGAUAGAAAACAGUAUGGCUGAGAAUACUGUGUUUCUGUGCUGUUUUGAGAAGUGUAACUUCUGGGAUAAACAUGGACAUACUGGUUGGGUGGAGGGCUUUGCUACAUUGUGGAAGAGACCACACUUAACCCAGACCUUCAUUUCUGAUCAUGUUUCAUCAUUUUAUUUUCCCUAACCCAAUGACUUUAAAUGUGUGAGUCAUGAGGCAAGGGGUCUCUGGUCAAAUCUAAUCUCUGUUAGGUAUCCUUAGGCAAACCACAUCUCUUGACCCUCAUCGGUAACAUGGGGACAAGAACACUGAUCUGCCUUCCAGAAUUGUUGUUAGGAUUACUAAGAGAAUGUACUGAAUUAUUCUGAAAUACCAUAUAAGUAUAAAAACUGAUUUUUAUUUUCUUAACCCUGCUAUAGCUGCUGCUGGAGGAGUACGCAAACAGCGAUCCCAAACUGGCACUUACUGGAAUUCCUAUUGUCCAGUGGCCAAAGAGGGAUAAGGUAAAUAAUGGAUCCAUGACUUAACUCAAAUAGCUUGGAGACUUGGUGGAGGGAAGAGGAGUUCUGUGCUGGAAAGUGUUGUCAGUUGACAAGAAUAGCCUCAUAAUUUAAACCAAAGAACCUUACACCAGUAUAAGGUAUAAGGGCAGUAGCAGAGUAGGUCUGGGCACAAAUCACAGGUAUUAAAAUGAAGUGCAGUAUAAAUAUGAGGAUAAAGAAACCAGGAGGAUCAUGAUCAUGGCUUCACUUUCUAGGAGAUGUGAUUGCCCAAAUCCAGAAUUGGUUAAUGAUAAAACACAAGUUCAUUAUGUAGACAUUGUGCCUCUGAGAUCAAAGUCCUAAUUCUUUCCAUACACAAUCUAUUCUGUUCCAAAUUCCUGACUUUAAACUUCAUGCAUCUGUCAUCUGGAUCUCUUCUGACAGAUUAUUGUUUCCUUGGUUGAUUAUAUGAGCCUCCUAAUUUCUUGCUGUCUUUUCCCCCCCACCAAUGACAGCUCAAGCUUCAGGCUCGGCCAAAGUUAAGAUUACCUACCAUCCCUAUCACCAAGCCACACACCAUGAAACCCGCGCCACGGCCAGCAACUGUGAGACCUACAGUCUCUCCUAUAGUGUCUGGUGCCCGCAGAAGGCGGGUGCGAUGUCGUAAAUGCAAGGCCUGCUUGCAAGGUGAAUGUGGCAUGUGCCACUACUGCAGGGAUAUGAAGAAGUUUGGGGGGCCUGGUCGUAUGAAGCAGUCCUGUGUACUACGGCAGUGCUUGGCGGUGAGUCCUGUGGUAUAUUGGGUGGGGAAAUUGCUUAUCUCUGUGGAAGGUUCUAACAGUAGGGGAUGAAACCUGUCGUACAUCUCGAAAGGCAAAAGAGCAACUAAUGAGGUUGAUUGAAAAGCCUUGGGAACAAAUGUGGUUGGCACUGGAAAGUAGUUAAUGUCGUUCAGUGCAUUCUAUAGAGGCAAAUGGGGUUGGGGAAGUGGGAUAACCAUCCCCUGAAGCUUAGAAGCAAGCCUGUGGUAUAACUUCCUGUUUCACUCUUCGUUUGCUUUGUAGCCCAGACUGCCUCACUCUGUUACAUGUUCACUUUGUGGGGAGGUAGAUAAGAAUGAGGAUUCGCAGGACUUUGAGAAGAAGCUAAUGGAGUGCUGCAUCUGCAAUGAGAUUGUUCACCCAGGUUGUCUACAGGUAAGAAGGUUUACUUGACUCAUCUCAAUACAGGAGUGUCAGGAACAGAUGCAUUGCUGGAAAUCACCUUUGUGUAUUUUUCCUCUGCAGAUGGAUGGGGAAGGGCUACUGAAUGAUGAAUUGCCCAACUGCUGGGAGUGUCCGAAGUGCUACAAGGGAGAUGAGUCGGAGAAAGGCCAGGUAAGAAAUGGAUUUUCAAACAUUGGCACAUGCCUUCUGUGUUGCAUGCUACUCUUGGGUAACGAAGAGGCACACUGUUUGCACCUAGCCUGUACCUAAGGCAUUGGGGAGAGAAGGUUCUUUGGGUAUUCUGGGUGUUUAUCCUCGUGCACUUUGGGAAGGCUUAGUAGGAACCACACAAGUGUGAGGUGAGCACUAGGAGAGCUUCUUCUGUUGAGUAAAAGAGUUCCACCUGGAAAUGAGCACUGGUGACCCCAUACAAUGUUAACUACAUGAUGGAGCCACUUUACAGCUUUUCCACCGCCACCUUCUUGGCAUCUACAGAGAGCUCAUCGGCACAUGAACUGUAACAUCUUGCUGGAGAAACAGUUCCUGGAAGGGCAGCAAAAUCAACUUCCAUCAACCAAGCAGUGGACAUGUUAUCAAUGGCAGAAACUGACAAGACUGCCCUGGGAGAAAUACAAUUGCAAGAUCCUGCAUAGAGUUGUGCCUGCUGCCCCAGCAAAGAGCAUCCCAGUGAAGGCAAGCAGGGGUGGGGGCAAGGGACUGGUAAUCUCUUAUUACCAUCACAGGAGUUAUUACGAUCUGGCAUUCUGUUAGAAUAGUGCCCUGCAGCACUUCAUUCCAGCCUUGGGGAACUUGGACCAUGGCAGUCAGCGGCCUGUUUCUUCUACAUGUUUUGUGAUGGAGAUCUGCUUUUAAAUAAGCCAUAGCUUAGCAGAGUGAAGAAAUUGGCUGAACCCUUCCCUUAACAUCUGUUUGAAAAUUGAAUCUAACAGCACAUUCUUGAAUAGGGAAAUUAAGAUGCUGAUACAAAUAAACACUGCAUGGUUCAAGUCUAGUAUAACAAUUGACUCGUUCCUCACAUCAGCUACUUCUCUUCAAAGUUGGGUGCAUGUGUGCAUCUAGUGUUCUCACUUGUAUUCUGCAGCUUGGUGACAUUUUAUUAGAUCUACAUAACCCAUCAGCUUUCACUAAGUGACAAAGUCCAAUUUCUUCAACCUUAAUGUAGCUAACGUGAGGGCAGUUUGGAACAGAGUUCAUACUAUAGCCAAAUGAAUGGAUUCAAAUGGUAUGGGCCCGGCAUGCCCUUCAAGGAAGUCAUCUGGGAAGAGAGACAGUACUUCCAGUAAUUUCACUUGCAGGUGCUCUGGAAUGCUAGUAGGAUUUUCCGGGCCCAGUACACUCACUGUAUGUAGGUUGGGACCUUUUGCCUACCCAUAAGCUGACAACCUGCUACCUAUAUACGUACUUUAAGUAAUUGUAAAAUUGCAAGCUUUCAUGCAGUAUAUUGCUACCUAAUUAUUUUCUAGACUAAAUUUUUUGUUUGACUACUAGCCGGGCAUAUUUUCUACUGAGAGGUCCCAUUAAGUUCAAUGGGACUUACUCCCAGAUAAAUGGCUAUAAGUUUAUAGCCCAGUUAGGUAAGGAAGAGAAAGGAGACUCUCCCCACACACUAUUCUUUUUAAUGGACCCUAAUUAAAUCAUCCAAAAAUAUACUCAGAUCACCUCUCUACUUUGCUAGCCCCAUUAUUGAAAAUGGUUGUGUGUGUUUUUACUGGUGGGAAGCAAGGAAAAUUAAGUAAGAUGGAUUCAAUUUACCGUAUUUUUCCAUAUAUAAGUCCAUCUUUUUGGCUAAUUGUUUUGAGUCAAAAACUGGGGGUCGUCUUAUACACGGAUGGUGAAUGUGCUCUGGCUCCGGUGGGGUGGCCUGGGAUCGGGCUCUGGUGCAAGUGGCCUGGGCUCAGGCCCAAUUUCUUAAUUUUGUGUUCAAGAAAAUAGGGGUUGUUUUAUGCAUGGUGGCGUCUUAUACUGUAUUGGCCUGAAUAUAAGCCGCACCCUAAUAUAAGCUGCACCUUUAAAAUUGGGGGGGGGGAGAGACAAUAUCCUUAAAAUUCCACAGGCACUCACCCCCGUUCUGUUUUACCGUAUAUCUGUUUCAAUAGCGAUAUCGUAAAAGCCAAUUUUUGUAAGGUCAUGCCGCACUUUAAGUUUUCACGGUCGGAAUUUGGAAACAAAAGGGCAGCUUAUAUUCAGGCCAAUAUGGUACAUGGAAAAACACGGUACUAACAAAGGGCCAAAGACAGCCUUUAACUUCCUAACCACAGCAUCACCACUAUCUCGUCUCAUGUAACCUUGUUGCAAUAAUCUGUCUCUUCAAAAACACCACACUGUUCACUUUUUUUUACUGAUACAGAAAGCAAAGUAGUUCUUCUGUCAUUUUGGUUUUAGGAGACCAGUGUGGGGAGGAACUCCGUCAUGAUUAGGACUGGUGUCCUAUUUUUAUUUGCCUGGAAGUGAACCCCAUUGAACUCAUUGGAGUUUACUUUUGAGUCAUCAUCUGUAGAAUUGUACAGUAAUAUGGCUACCCUGAUAUAUUGCUUUCAGAAAACUUUGCUUUGAGACAGUAGGUGCCAUACAUAGAGAAUACUUCCUCCAAGGACUUGAGACUCCGUGGGGAUGAUGAUCAUUUCCAUUCAUGUCAGUGCAGGCUCCCAUUGGCUUUCAACAAUUAUUUUAGGAAUUCAGCUUAACUAUAAAUGCCAGAAAAGUCUGUGUUCAUAUGUAGUGACAAGAAUGUGAUUGCAUUACAUAUGUAGACCCUGAUGUCAAUAGAUUGUGUGCAGCUGCUGCAUUUUAUGUAAAAUUUGCUUAAAAGGGAAGAGGAUAAGCCUGAGGUUUACAAAGGGAUACAACUUGGAAAGAGCUGCAAUUUUAAUAAUGCAUUAAACAUUUCUUUCAGACAUCUUCUGCAGUGGUAGAGUAACAUUGUCUUUGAUCUGUAUCACUGUAAACUUUGUUUCCUGUCCCUUUGCUGUAGCUAAUCCAUAAACUAAAGUUCAACAAUGGUAUCAUCCUAAAGAGUUUUUUUAAGAGAAAAGUGGCAUGUAGGUUAGCCCAGUUUGUGUUCUUCCUUGGGUUCUGCAAGUUCAUUUGUCUACAGGAGUGGUGAAAAUUGACAGUUCUUUUAUCUGAUCUUUUAACAUACCAACUAGAUCAGGCAUAUGAUCCAUAUGUUUUUGAACAUCCAUCAACCCCAGUCAGCGUGGCCAGUGGUCAAGGAUGCGGGGAACUGUAGUCAAACACCAGCAGGACACUGUAUUGACUAGACAAAGGGGAAUUAAUGGGUGGCAUUCAACUCAGUUUUACUCAGAAUAGACUUGGUGAAAUUAAUGGACCUAACUUAGUCAAGUUCAUUAAUUUCAAAGUUAGGUUUGUUAAUUUCAAUAGAUCUGUUCAGGGUGAAACUUAGCUGAAUUACUCUCCAAUCCAAUGUUUCUAACCUAAAAUCUCUGAAGUAGGAAAAUUAGUAAAGCCAUUGCCAUCACUAUUUUAGAAGAGCUUAUUUACGUUAGGACUGUAAUAGUGUUUAUUAACUAAGAAAAUGAAGACAUGCUAAAUUUAUUUUAAAGUUUUGUCUUGCUUUCCUUUAAAUCAACCCCAUAAAUACUUUUAUCAGCCCUAAAGAUACAGAAGCACGUUCAUUUUUUGUUUGUUUGGUUUUGUUUUUAAGCUUGCCUUCUAAAUGCCAAUAAAGCUGGAUACACUGUUCUUUUCGUAUCAUUUUUUGGAGAUGAGAUUGAGAGCAGGGCUGUCCAUGUUUAUCUCAGUAGUGGGUCUGGGGAAGCUGGCUUCUGUGUGAAGUAUACUUAAGCGACCCAAGCUGCUUAGAGCUUUAUAGGCCAAAACAAGCACUUCACAUUGUGUCCAGAAGCAAAUGGAGAGCAAGCACAGUUUUAAAUGCUGGUGUCCUGCACUUUAAUAGAGUUGGCUAUUGGGAAAAAUGGAAUGACAGCGAAGAGUGUAAAUUUCACUUCCUUCACUGACACCAGUGUGAAAGUAAAAGAGCUUAUAAUAAUGAGCAUCACCCACCCUGAUGCAUUUUACUUUUAAAUGGAAUGCAUUCUACCAUAUAAAUUUCAAAAUUUAACUCCCUCCUGUUUUGGUCUUUACAAUGGUAACUUGUUGCCACUCGCUUUGCAGAAGCGGAAAAUGGAUGAUGGCGAUGAUGACACAGUCCAAGCCAAAGUUCUGCGUCCUUUGCGAAGCUGUGAGGAACCUUUGACUCCACCACCACAUUCGCCUACCCCAAUGCUGCAGCUAAUACAUGACCCUGUGUCACCACGAAGCAUAGUGACACGGUCCUCUCCGGGGGCCGGUCCUAGUGACCAUCACGGGCCCAGCCGGGAUGAACGCUUUAAGAGACGCCAGCUACUUCGGCUGCAAGGCACAGAGCGCACAGUGGUGCGGGAAAAAGAGAACAACCCUAGUGGCAAGAAAGAGCUGUCAGAAGUAGAAAAGGCCAAGCUCCAUGGUUCCUAUCUUACAGUCACAUUACAAAGACCUACCAAAGACAUGCAUGGCACUUCCAUUGUGCCCAAGCUGCAGGCAAUCACUGCCUCCUCCACUAAUCUGCGGCACUCUCCUCGUGUGGUCAUGCGCCAAAGUUCAGCCAGAGCACCCCAGCGGGGUGGAGAUGAAGAAGCAGCUGAGGAUGAAGAGGAGGAGGAAAGUGCAGAGGAGGAAGAGGAAAGUGCAGAGGAGAGUGGGGCAGCCAGACUGAAUGGCCAAGGAGGCAGGGCUCCAGAUAGUGAGGAAAUCUGGAUGCAAAAAGAGGUGUGGAUGUCUGUCUUCCGUUAUCUCACUCGCAAGGAGCUUUGUGAAUGUAUGCGUGUAUGCAAAACCUGGUACAAAUGGUAAGUGACUGCAGAACUGCCUAUUUUAAUAGUAGUUCUCUCUUUUUCAGAAUGUUUUUAUUAAACCCCCGAGCCUCUUGGAUCCAAUUCUGUGUGCUGGACUACAUCUUGCAAAUUUAUAUGUAAUAUGCAAAUGUAAAAGGGGCAAUUUGGGCAGAAGGCAGAAAGCAACUGUAUUUAAUAAUACAGUGCAUAAACUUGUGGAAUUCAUGUCACAGGAUGUAGUGUUAGUUGCAAGCUCAGGUGGCUUUUAAAGAGGAUUACACAAGGCUGUUGGUGGAUUGUAACAGUUACUAAAAAUUGAAUCUCCACCUUCAGCACCAGUAUAAUGUCUAAGUACCAGGAAAAUGUUGUAGACAAAGAAGCUUUUGAUUUCUCAUUCUUAUCUUGCUUUUGAGUUCCCAUGCCUAGUCACUGCUGAAAACAAAAUGGGGUAGAGGGAUCUUGAUCUGAUCUAGUGCAGCCAUUCUUAGAUAGUUAUCCUAGUAGUCUUUCAUCAUUUGGGUAUCGUCUGACCAAACUCCAUGUGUUGCUCCUUUCUGGUAAAGCUGUGUGUAACCAAUAGGAAUCAAAAUGAUGUCCUGAGGCUAUUAAAUCCUAAGAACUUGCUUAAGCAACUCUGUGCACCCGAGUUGCUAGUUCUAUACUUAUUCUAUAUAACCAUUGGACCUAGAUUAGAUGUAAAAUCAUCAGAUGGACAUGACCAUAUUUUACAAUUGGGGAGAAUUAUACUUUCUCCCUCCAUGUCUUAAGAAGCCCAUCUCUGAAAAAGGGAGAGAUACUCCCAGCUUCAGUUUCCCUAAAUGCUGCUAUCUUUAAGGAGAACCUGUCUUCAAGCAUGAGCAGAAAACCUCAGAUUCCUUGCCUCCCCACCCCCCAAAAACUUUCUAAGAUGAAGAGUGAUUCAAGGGCUAAAAGUCAGAAAAAUGAAGCAUGCCCAAUUCAAAAAAUUCCGCAGUGGAGAGGUAGAGCAGAUAAGAUAUAGCCAUUCUCAGUCAGCCAAUAUACACAAAUGUAACUCUUAGCCUUAAGAGUUACCAGCGUAGUAUCCCGCCUCAGCCAAUUAAUUGUAUUAGAAAAGACAUGUUACCUGCAAUGAACACAGAAUCAAAGCUGAAAGCUUUAAGGAUAUUCUGCUGAUAGACCAGAGGCAUCCUAAAUCUGAUACAGAAAAACUUAGAUGGCAACCUCCUAAUUCAGGAAGCCUUUUACAAGCCAGAUUAUAAUUUUUUUGCCAAUAUUAAUAUGCAAAUGUCAUAUCUGGAUAUAACUUACGAGGAAUAUUCCAGCCCUCGAGGGUCAGCAAGAGCCCUACUACUAUGAGGAGUAGAUAUUUAACUCAGUAGUUGAGCCCCUCAGAUUUCAAAGUAUGAAGUAAUGUUGCCACCCUGGGAUCAUUUGGGAGGAAGGGUGAAGUAUAAAUGUAAUAAAUAGGAUAGCAUCUCAGGUGUUUCAGAAUUAGAAGCUUAGGACUCCAAGGAGAAUACAUGGGCAUUGCUUACCCCUACAGCAAGACAGUCUUACCCCAUGUGUAUUCCGACCAGAAGUGUGAGAGUCAGAGAAACAUACAUAUCAGAAAGACAUUACUUUAUUCAUUCAUCAACAACUUCUCAAAAGCACACAUUUUUUAAAAGGUGAUGAUGUAGAAUCCCUUAAUAUAAAUUCUCAGUCACAAAGGAAUGCAAUAAUUUUUGUCUUGGAUCAAUUAGAAAAUAUUGUAAGUUUUUUAUUAUCAACAAAAGUUUUCUUUUCCACCCGAUUUUCGUUUACGACUGCGAAUAAUGAAUUAGCUUUAAAGUGUCUUGCAAGUUUUUCAUUUCCCAAAUAAGAUUUUGUGGGAUACCCUCUACCUUGAAUAUGUUUACACAGAGAAGAUCUAGGAUGAUGAUAUUAGGAAGGUGAACAUAUAUACAUCCUACUACCUUAAUUCCGAUUUUCUUUGUUAGAUAUAUAAUGUGUAGUUUUCUAGCAGUUAAAGUGUGCUUUGGUUCUAUAAAGCUUCAUAGAUGGAAAAGAAUAGUCUCGAAGGUGUAUCUAGCAGUAGCCUUCAUAGUCAGUUACUUUAACUAUUUUUCAGUGAUCUUCAAGAACCAUAUUUCUAUUAUCCCUGUGGAAAGAAUAAAUUUAAGUGUCUCAAAGGAAACACAAUAUUGUACCAGAUACACCUGUUGAAGGGCUGAGGGAAGUUGACUAAGUCCAAGAGAAAAGAAUUGGGGUUACCUACCCAUCAUAGACUAGGGGGGCGUUUUCUCUCCUUGGUUUCAAAAGACAUAAGUACUAAAGGUAAAGGGAUCCCUGAACAUUAGGUCCAGUCGUGGCUGACUCGGGUUGCGGCGCUCAUCUCGCUUUAUUGGCUGAGGGAGCCAGCGUACAGCUGCUGGGUCAUGUGGCCAGCAUGACCAAGCUGCUUCUGGCAAACCAGAGCAGCACAUGGAAACGCUGUUUACCUUCCCGCCAGAGCGGUACCUUUUUAUCUACUUGCACUUUGACAUGCUUUCAAACUGCUAGGUUGGCAGGAACAGGGACCGAGCAAACGGGAGCUCACCCUGUCGUGGGGAUUCGAACCGCCGACCUUCUGAUCGGCAAGUCCUAGGCUCUAUGGUCUAACCCACAGUGCCACCCGCGUCCCUACAUAAGUACUUCUCAGUAAAAGAUCCUGCCACAAAUAAUUGGUCAGAAACCAAUAAGUGUAAAGAGUUUGUGGAAAGGUGUAUUUCUAGUCUAAUACAGUGUGCUUCAAUUAGGUGUGGUGACAGGAGAUUGUGGACGAAGAUUGACUUAAGCAGGUACAAGUCCAUCACACCCCUGGCACUGGGUGGCAUAAUCAGGAGGCAGCCAGUCAGCCUUGACCUCAGCUGGACCAAUAUUUCCAGAAAACAGCUCACCUGGCUCAUCAACAGACUACCAGGUUUGUGUUUUAGGUAGCUGGGACGGUGCAUCUUCACUAUUUGCUUUAGUUUCAACAUUAUUGAGUUAAACUGAAUAUUCCACUAUACAGGUCAACUUUGUGGUGCCUGUGAGUGCAGUGGUACCCUUGAAGUUUCCCCCUGCCACCCACUACCUGAACCCCAGCUUACUCGUAGUGAAAGUGGUUACAUUCCCCCCCCCCCGAAAAGUGCAUAAAGACAGAAGAUGGCAGAGUGACUUCAACUUCCAGCUCUGUGUGCUUUUCAAUGCACAGAUUAGUUCUAUUGCAGGCAUACCCAACUCCCAAGAAACUGUGAUCUACUUUCAGUAUAAAAAAACUGGCAGUGAUCUACCUAUUGUCAUUGGAGGGAGGAGGAGCGUGCGUGGGGUUGGUGGAUUGCCCAGAGCAGGAAAGGGGUUAGUUUAACCUCAGGUUUGCUAGUAAAACUGAAUUACUGUUUCACAAAAUGAUGCAUGUCUAAAAAGUUGGUCACCAACAUGAAAAGUUUGGAAAGCUCUGCAGUGGAGUCUUGACGAGCCUCAAAAAUUGGCUUGGGGGCCAAAUACAUCUCCUAAACUUAGGGUGGGGAAGUCACUCCUACUUAACCUGAAAUGAGGGCUCAAAAUAGAUCAUUGGUUUUGUUUUACUCUCUGAUGGAUUGGGGGUAGUGCCAUGCUGUUAACUCUGCAUGAAACAUAACUGUUCUGAAGUAGAAGGCACUAAUAUUUUCCAUCUUUUGCUGUGCUACAGGCCUCAAAGACCUCAUCUUGGCAGGCUGCUCCUGGUCAGCAGUGUCUGCUCUCAGUACCUCCACCUGCCCCCUUCUCAGGACACUUGAUCUUCGGUGGGCAGUAGGAAUCAAGGACCCUCAGAUUCGGGACUUGCUCACACCUCCAUCAGAUAAACCCAGUAUGUUUUGCCUUCUGGAUAUACCAGUAUGUUGUGCUUGCUAGUGACGUGGGGAAGGGAGAAAGCUGACAAGAGUUGGAUGCAAUGCAGGUCUUAAAAAGGAACAAUUCUGAUCAGAGGGUGUAAUUUCUACUUGCAUGCUCUAGAGAAACAAGAGACUGUGCCUUCCAACUUACUUGCAUAUCUUCCUACAGGCCAAGACAAUCGCAGCAAACUCCGUAACAUGAUAGACUUCCGGUUGGCUGGGCUGGACAUAACUGAUGCCACACUCCGGCUCAUCAUUCGCCACAUGCCUCUGCUCUCACGACUUGAUCUUAGUCACUGCAAUCACCUUACGGACCAGUCAACCAACCUAUUAACAGCUGUGGGGUCUUCCACGCGAAACUCGCUCACUGAAAUCAACAUGGCAGGUUUGUGCAUCUUUGAUUGUUUCCCCCGACAUACUAAGGGCUGUGGACCGUGUAAAAUGGGUGGGAAACCUCUGAUCUGUUGGCCGUGUUUGAUCCACCAGCGGUUCAGCUGUGCAGCAGGUAGAGAUGUGGCUGCCAGGGUGUGCUCCCAAUUGUGCAUUUGCAAGGGAAAGUGGGCUUUGACUUGACCACCCCUCAGCUGGAGCUUUGGAAGCCCUGUGCAGUGAUCCAGCAGGCAGCUGUCUGUCUGUUCCAUCACUGUGAGGGGCUUGCCAGUUCUUGGUGCAGAGGUCCUCACCCCACCCCACCCAACAGCCAGCUGGCUGUUGGGCACAGCUGCACAAGGGAUUUUGACAGGUGGGCAAUUCCGCCCACCUUACAAGUUUACCCCUAAUGUAAAGGCUGUAUAUGCCCUCUUGCCUCACCGAGGUUUCUCUUUUGCUGGAAGAAAGAGAAAAUAUAUCUAAAUUUAUCCAAGAAGUUUUUGCUCCAGACCAGAGGGAUAAAUGAAGGAUUUAGUCCCAGCAGCCUCAUGAUGAGGCGGGUGUUAUUUCCCUUUUUUACAGGCCUCCCCCGCCACGCAGCCCUCAUUGUUUGUGGGGUUAACAAAAUAGUAAUCUGAGGCUGCACUUAAUCUUCAAGUAUUCAGAUCUGGAUAUACUGCAAUACUGUCUUCUUUAAAAGUAUUUGUAGUGACAUAUUUGAAGCUUGUAUCCCUAUGUAGCAGAAACACAUACCACCUCAAUAUGCAAUACAGGCUGACAGAUCAUGCCAGAUGGAAAAUGAGCCUUAAGAGAAAUAAUCAUGUUCCAGCUUUUCUGUCUGUCUCUAGCACAAGAAACUGCUACUAAGGGUCUAAUGGUUCGCUGUUGCCUGAUUCACAAAGAGUGGCUGCCUAUGUGUGUCUUGUCAAUACAAAAGUCAGACUUGUUCAUAUUAAGCUGUCAAAAGUUGUGAGGCUUAUCAGGUUGAGGUGUGUUGGUAUUCAAACAAGCAAGUGCUCUUAAGUCAGAGUUUGAAUAGAAGAAUCACACUUGCAAACCAGAAGAAUCAUUUGUGUAAUGUAAGAGUCUGGACACUUUGUAUUUUCUGAGUAUUUAUACCAGUGCAUUUGUUCUCUGAACACCUUUGUGGCGCUUGGCAUUAUGCAAAUAAUGGCACUUGUCAUCCUCUCCACAGGCUGCAAUAAGCUCACAGACCAGUCCCUGCUGUACUUGCGGCGCAUCUCUAACGUCACCCUGAUAGACCUGCGUGGUUGCAAGCAGAUCACCCGCAAGGCCUGUGAGCACUUCAUCUCAGACCUGUCAAUCAACAGCCUCUAUUGCCUGUCUGAUGAAAAGCUGAUCCAGAAAAUCAGCUAGAGAUUUGCCACACACAGACUGAAGAGAAGGAAAGAUCCCAGACAAACCCCUCUUGGAGAGCAGACCCUUUCCUCCCCUCCCCCGUUUCCCCCACAUCCACAGGCAGGGAAGAUGCCUGUCUGACUGUGACUGUAAUGUCCCUCCUCUCCUUGGGACUUCUGCAGACCAGAAAAUCUCACCAGGCAUUUGAGGAAAUGGCGAGAUUGCUGGACGGGUGCUCUUGUGGGGUGCUUGCUCAUCAGCUACAUGCUCUAACUUGAUGUUUUGUAGCAGCAUUUUCAAGGGGGACGUGCCCCUUUCCUUUCUUCUCAACCCUUCCCCCUCUACCAUUAUAUCCCACAAAAAACAAUUAUACUUACCCAUCAGAUUGUGGGGGGAGGAUCAGACCUGGAUGGUGUAGAACAGGUGCACUUUUGCACCUUGUUUCCCUGCUGUCUUGGUAUGCAAUUUCUUAAUAUGUCAUUGGGCUUGGGAGUCACUUCUCCUGCCCUUCCACACUCUGCUAAGCUUUCUUUCCUUGCCCUUCAGCAGCUGAACGGGCAGCAACUGCUCUGGGCUGAUUACGCAGAGCAGUAGUGUAAUGUCUACAGCAGCAGUGCCUCUUGUCUGGUAAGGGACUCUCCAUGUGCCCCCAGGUCAGCCUGCAGACACCUUCCAACAUGAGACUAGAGCGGGGGUGGCUAAGUGUUCAUACGGAGGGAACCAUGUUCUUGCCGUCAACUUUCCCAAGAAGGGGAGUUAAGCAAGCAUGCUCAUCCUCUGAAAAUAUGGCGGCAUUUGUAGAGGGAAAGCUGCAACAGAGCUUGGAGGCUUGGGAGGCACCUAGUGGGAUUUCUUACACCAGCGGAAGUGGUCUCUGUCCCAUAGUCUGUGGAAACGAGCAUUCUUGGGAGAUGCUGGCCGACGAAGAAAUGCCUCCAUCUUGAGGUGCAUAGCUGUUGGCUCUUGAGCUGGGAGACGGGUCAAUGCCCCAUUAGCUGCCUCUCUUUCUUUGCAAUGAAUGGCCGGUCCAAAGAACUUCUCUCUUGGGCAGCAGAGAGCUUUUUGCACUUUAGAAAGAAAGGUAAUAUUUUGGAACCCUAUUUUAUUUCCCCCUGCCCGAGUGACUGGACACUCCUUCCAGCUGUCUGAGCUUGUCAGGGUUUGAAUGCACACUUUGCACUCUGCUCUCUUCCCCAUAGCGAUAGCACAAAUUAGACUGUCCUUCACCCCGCCUCCCCCUCUGAGCCUCGCAUGGCAAAAAAGAGCUCUCCAGUGUCUGCGCAGCAAGGGAAAGGAGGAAUCUGGAGGAAAGCCCAAUCCACCCUCGCUGCUUCUGAAGCAAUAAGGGAGGGGGAGGAAUCCACCCCAUAGCUCUCUCAAUUGCCCAGCCCGAUUGCAUUGAAUGCUGCGGCACCUGAGCCUCAGGGAAGAGCAGCUUCCCCUGCACUGAUGGGGGUGGGGGAUAAAUAUCUAGAUCUACUGAAUCCCAGAGGUUCCCCCUCACUUCCACAUGAGGAGCAGGCUGCUUUGCCGAGAGGACAAUGCUAGUGUGAUGAGUUCCAGAGUGCCUCAGUACACAGGAGCUUUGCUGCAAAUUGAAUUUUUCUACAGAAAACGCCCACUGAUCUUCUUCUAGAAGUGGAAACCUUCUGCCUUGUUGUGUUGGCUCCUGUGGAAAAAAAAAUAUUGUAGAAUCAAUCUCUUGCUUUUGUUUUCUUUCAAAAGAGGAAGGUGAGAAUAGCCAUAAAUAGGAGGUUCAAGUGCAUCAGCCCAGAUAACUCCCACGGAGAUCUCUAGGCUCUGGAUAUUUUGUGUUUUGUUUUGUUUUUCCAAAGUGGGAGCACCUUCACAACUCUCCAUAUGCAUUGGUCAGCCGGAGAAGUGCUGAAAUGCAGCAAGUUGGCAUGUCAGGAGCAUUAGUCUGGGAAGAAUCUCGUCCUGCGGCAAGAGGGAUAAAACAAGUAGCAGACUGAUUGGGUGGGGUAUUGGCUUCGCUGUCCUACAGCCUUCUCAAAUGUGGCCCUCAAAUGACUGUGGCUUAAACUUCAAAGCAAAUUGUGAUACUUCAAUGCCUAAACUGGCCCCCACCUCAGAGGGCAAGUGAUGACAUAAAGGAAAGAGAAAUUAUAUAUGAAAUCACUUAGUGAUUUAAAACAAAAACAUGCUCCCUAAAUAAAUCUCCCUAAAGAAAGUCACUAUUGUCUAAAAGGGUUUGGUUGUUCUUUUGUGUUCUUUUGUUUUUGUUUUUUUGAAGAAAUUGUAAAUAUAUAUUUUUUGUUGCUAACUUAGAGUCAAUCUCCAAUGUUGUGCUUUAAAAUUAAAUGUAAACAUUAAGGGUAAAAGAAACCAAGUCUUGCGCUCUCUCGGUUGACAUGUUUAGGGUUGGGGGAUAUUUGGGGCUAAAGGGAGGGGAGCUAGUUGGGAUUUUUUCAUUUUCUAAUCAUUUGCCAAUAAUGGUUUUAGAGAAUCUUUCCUCAAACAUAUUACCACAGGAAUGAGAGACAAGUGAAAGGGGGAAGAGAAGAUACCAGCCUCUGAAGGGAGACCUUGUUUCAUGGGGUGGAUUUUGGAAUAAAAAUUUCAAGAAAAAACAUGCGGGUCUGCAUAUUGAUUGCAAUGUGAGCUCAAAUCCAAGGGCAACUACAGUCUGAAUGAGAGAACCCAGUGGGUAAUUUAUCCUCCCUAUAUAUAGGGACUUGUGUAUCCCAUGCUAUUAAAAUUUUGUACUCAGGCAAUCCAAA